ACAACAGAAAAUCAGUCUUGGCACCUGGAGACACAGGUACCCUACAUACAUACAUACAUGUGCACAACUGAGAGUGGCACCACAAGGUGACAAACUGAAAAAUGCUGCUGCCAGGCCCUUCACCCCUUUGCCAAACUCUACAUUGGCUUUCUGUACCCCUCGGGAUCCAACUCAAACUGCUAACAUUUACUUACAAAGCCUUCAACAACUCCAGCUCUCACUAUAUCUCCUCUUUACGCAACAAAUCUUCUCGGUACCUUUGGUCUGUGAAUGACCUUUUUGUGACGUCUUCUCGUUACUGCCAACUUUCAUCUGCAGGAUUUUUUAAUCCUUGUCUUUGGAGAAGUCACUUGAAAAACACCUCUUUAGGAAAACUUACCAUCUUCCUGGGUCAUGCUCCUCUUGUUAUAAUUGCCCUCCAUAGUACCUUCGCCUCCAUAUACCAGCUCACUCUACCUCCUUCCAUUAUUCGGUUCUUCUACAAACCACUUUGACUAGCUUAGUUUGACUGAGGCAUCUAAUCCAUCAAUCCCUCCUCCCCUCUGACAUGCUUUUACUCCUCUCGUUUGUCUAUACCCUUUCCUCAAAGAUUGCAAGCUUAUUUGAGCAGGGCCUUCUUCACCUCUUUGCUAAUACUUUGUAUGUCAGCUACUUGUUGUGAUCUAUCCGCAUUCUAGUAAUUGCAAAGGGCUGUGGAACAUGUUGGCGCUAUAUACAUAGUAAUAAUAAACAUGCUUAUUUUGGAUACUCGGUUCCCUCCUUCCACCCCCUUGGCCAGUGGAGGUUCAAAAGUGAGUAAAGUUAUCAUGAUCCAAAACACAGAAGGACCUUCUAUGGACUAUUUAAUGUUGUCAUAAUUGCUGAUAAUGAGUAUUAUCUACCAAUGAUUUCCACACGAUUCAUAGCUGGAACAGAGAAUUGUUGGACAUCACAUCAGUUGGAUGUCAUGCCAGUAGCUCCUCACAUAGUUACAUUGUAAUCUAGGUUGAAAAAAAGACUCUUGGCCAUCAAGUUAUUAAGUUGUUGGAGAUAAGAAGGUCUAACUUAAACACACUGCGCUGUAAGAUCUGAUUGAAAAAUACUCUUUUUUCCCCCACAUAAAGGCUAUGUGAGAUACAGCCAGGGGAGGUGUGGCUGGUGCUGUAUAAACAAAUCGAUUUACCUAAUUAACCCCUUAAGGACCAAACUUCUGGAAUAAAAGGGAAUCAUGACAUGUCACACAUGUCAUGUGUCCUUAAGGGGUUAAAGGACAGAGAAUUGAGGAAUGAGACUACGGUGGCAUGAUCUUUACAACUAAACGGCUUCAUUAAGCUAACAUUGUUUUAGUGUUUGGAGUGUCCCUUUAAUACACUUGUGAAAUACUAGGAUCACCAGCAUUUUUCCAGUACUGGAGGAUUGAGCUCCAGGUAGGAAGUUCUGUGGGACUCAUGCCAGUAUGGGAAGGGAGAUUAACUUACAUACAAACUGUCAGUCAUGAUUUUGUCGGAGUCGUUUUGUUUUUUUAUUCGCUCUAGUAAGCGUGGUUCAAGUAUUUACUUGUGCCAUGGAAAAAAAAAGCGAGAACACAUUUUUAUAACUUCUUUCCAAGUAUCUUUAAAUAAUGUUGGUUAUUGUCACCAAGACUACAAUUAGAUAAUUCUCCAGUUUUCUACACAAAAACUACAAAAUGGAAAAAAUAGUGCAUUAUUUAAGAAUAAAUAUUGUCUUCUCUAACACAACAUUAACGUAUGCCAACACUUAUAAGGUCAAAUUAACAUGUCGUAAAAACGAAUGAUAGACUUUAGCUUGUGCUAUUCAAUUACAGCUUGUGAUGGCAGAUAAGAAUCCAUUCCUCGAUCUGGUCUGAGCAGAACGAAAUCCAAGGCUGAUUUUGUUUGUUUAUUUUUUAGGCUUGCCUUGUGCAUGUCCGAAGCGUUCCGCUUUACUUUACUAUAUAAGCUAGACAUCUAUUUUUUUGGGCUUAUAUUUCCCCAGAUACUAUUUUCUUCUCGUACACAUUUGUUCCCAAGAUGGGACAUCGUAUGGCAACAAUUAACUGAUCAACAGAUUAUAAUUUAUAGGCUCACUAGUUGACUAGUUGUUUUUCAGAUAAAUAUAUAUAGUAUCAAAAUUCCUAAAACUCUUAUUUUCAGAAGUUCCGAGCAAGUUAUUUCAUGGGAUCAGUGAUUUCCAUGUAAACAGUCGUCUCGUGAUAUUGUCUGAGAAACCUUCACAAAAUACUUUUCAAAUACCCUGGAGAAAAAAACAGUAAAAUGGACCAUAAUUGCACAAGUUUCCACCAGUACUGUUGCCAUAAACGUUAAGGGAAAAACUUUUUUUAAAAAUUAUUUUAAGAAACUGAUUGCAGUUUCUGUUAUGCUAGAUAUUUUACAGGGAGCGUAGUCCACCUGUACUAAAUAUAUAAUAUAUACCAUAAGAACUCCAGGGGACAUAUUCACUAAACUUGGAAUUUUGGCAAUAUGAAAUUAGAAAGGUGAAACCUAAACUAAAAUAACCAAACUGUGACUAUAAAUCAGCUACAGAUUUUUUUUUCAAGCCUGUCUUUUAUCCCAAAUUUUAAGUUUUUAAUUUCAAUCUGAUACAAUUCAGAGUUUAGUCAAUAAACCCCUAUAUCACAACAGAGCUUUGCAUUUGGUUUAUAAACCAGAAUAAGUUUUUUUUUUCCCUCUUCUUGGUAUAUUUGAAUUUUCAUAUACACUACAAAUUAAGUGUGCAAUAAAUGACAUUUUGUGUACAUACAGAAGGUAAAUAUUCCGUCAGUUACUUUUGAUUAAUGUAAUCCUGCUUGAACCUAGUUAAAUCUUCCUUUACCAUCCGUGUUUAAUGACAUAAAGAAAAAUGCCUCAUUAUUUAAAAAAAAAAAAAAAAAAAAAUAGAACAUUAUUCAAGGUUGUUUUAGAUUGGAUAUUGCUAUAAGCAAAUUUUUCAUAGUAUUUCAAAAAUGUACAAACACAUUUCAUUCAGUAUGCAAGAGAAGAAGGCAUAUACUGUUUCCAAGAAGGACUUGUUAGAUACAUUUAAUGUGUAUUAGUGGCUCACCUGUUGGUAUAUACUUUCUGAUCUUGUCCAUCCUAUAAGGGUCAGGUGUACGAGGAUAACCAUAAGAAAAAGUACGCAGCAACGACUUGACAACAUCCCAAUUCUUGGCAUGAUAAAACUGUUCUGAAAAUAUCUAAGGAGCAUCUUAACGAAGGCUCUGGAGUUUAAACUCUCUUCGUUCGGAUGGACUUUCCUUUGCACUUUUAAACCUUGCGGAUUUUUUCUUUUGGGUGUUAAGGGCUAUAAAAGAUGCAUUCAUUCCUUUACAAGUCAUGAUUGUCCAGAUGAGUUAGACUCGGGACGUUUAAUUGGAGGCAGGCCAGAUUUCUUCCAAACCUCCCCCCGUCUCUAAAUGAAACCAAAAUAUUUUGAAGCACUGCCCAGUUUCUGAAGUAUGUCAAUAGCUCUUCAAAUUAAGUCAAAUGUAGUGGAAAUCAUCAAAGAAACAGGCAGCUUUUUCGCGUAUUUACCGUUAGGUCUAAUGUGGCAUUAGCCUGCGUGCCAUUAAUCGACUCCUGGCUACCAACCUCUUAAAGAAAUUACCCUGCCCAAUAGAUCAGUGUUACAAAAUGCAUGGAGGCUAACAUUUUCUUUUUAUUAAUACUGAAGGAUCAGUUGAAUCCAUAUAUUUUUUUAUUUUUUUUAUUUUUUAACAGUCUACACUGAGUGAUUCAGUUUUGUAGUAACAUAGUUAUUUAGAUUGAAAAAUGAUUUAACUGCAGAAAUAGCUGAUUUGCACACAAUUUUCAGACUGAGUGUAAGUGAUUAAUUGUUUGAAGAAGUACAGUGUACUGAUUAAAGGACCACUCUAGGCACCCAGACCACUUCAGCUUAAUGAAGUGGUCUGGGUGCCAGGUCCCUCUAGGAUUAACCCCUUUUUUUUAUAAACAUAGCAGUUUCAGAGAAACUGCUAUGUUUAUAAAUGGGUUAAUCCAGACUCCAAAUCCUCUAGUGGCUGUCUCAUUGACACCCGCUAGAGGCGCUUGCGUGCUUCUCACUGUGAAAAUCACAGUGAGAACACGCAAGCGUCCAUAGGAAAGCAUUAUAAAUGCUUUCCUAUGAGACCGGCUGAAUGCGCGCGCAGCUCUUGCCGCGCAUGCGCGUUCAGCCGAAGAAGAGGAUCAGAGACGGAGAGGAGGAGGAGAGCUCCCCGUCCGGCGCUGGAAUAAAGGUAAUUUUUAACCCCUUUCCUUGCCACCCGGCCCGGCGGGAGGGGGUCCCUGAGGGUGGGGGCACCCUCAGGGCACUAUAGUGCCAGGAAAACGAGUAUGUUUUCCUGGCACUAUAGUGGUCCUUUAAGGAAAACACGUUCCUUUCUUAUUGCUACUUUGAAGUUACAUUUAUUUUCUGACGUUUAUAUAAUUUUAUGCAAUAUUUGGACAUCGUCUGCUUCUCCUAGACCUCUUUGUAUGAUUGCUUAAUGCAAGAAUUGUAAAAGCAUUUCUGCCACUAGUGAGAUUUUUUUUGUAGAUCUAAAUAACAGACUUAAAUUUAGCUAUUGGUUUUGCUAUUUAUUUUUAAUUUUUUUUUUAGAAAACUUGCACUAUUUUCCAGGCACAGAAUUAAUAUUAGAUUAACCCCUGGGGCGUCAUGUACACGGUGCAUGCAAACAUGUGGGACUACUAAGGGAAUAUCUGAGUAUGUGUUCAUACUGUCAUUAUGCGUGCCAGAAGUAUCACUUCCCUACGAGGAUGUGAAGGUGAAGUGUGUUUUUACUUAACUCCACUUCUUUUACACCCUGGUAAAUGCUGCAAUAGCAUUACAUAGUGUGGCUGACAAGUAACUGAGAAUUUUGCGUUAAAAGGGAUACACCAGAAACUAUAACAACUGAGUUGGAAUGAUGUUGUUGUGAUGCAAGGAGGACCUUGGAUACUGCUCACCUUAAAGGGUUAAAUUAGUAUCGGACAGUUUAACCCCCAAAGUGCUGGAUACAGUGUUAAUCAUUCUUCCCAACAAAAAUCCACCAGAUUCCAAGGCUUGAAAAAGGAAACCCCGGAGAGAGGCGCCACUGCUAAGCUGAGAGGGCCAGUAGCUCGCCUUUCAUAUAAUAUAUUGAGAAAUGUAUGUAUUUUUCUCAAGCCAUUUUGUGAAUGUGGAGCUGCUGAUGUUUGUGAGCAGAACCGUUUCAAUGCUUUAUGGUUACAAUGUUCAUCAAUGGUUUAACCACUUGGGAACCUCCUUGCACCAUAACAAGUUCACUCAACUUAAGUUGUUCUAAUGCACAAAUUUGAUCAAAUGGUAUACAUGAUCAGCCUCAACAUUAAAACCACUGACAGGUGAAGUGAAUAGCAUUGAUUAUAUUGUUACAAUGGCAGUGUCAAAGGCUGGGAUUUAUUAGGCAGCAAGUGAACAGUCAACUCUUGAAUUUCAUGUGUUGGAAUCGGUAAAAAUGGGUAAGCAAAAGAUCUGAGUAACUUUGACAAAGGCCAUAUAGUGAUGGCUAGAUGACUGGGUCAGAGAAUCACCAAAAUGACAAGUUUUGUGGGAUGUUGUACUAACUAUGGCAUGCAGUGGUUAGUACCUACCAAAAGUGGUGCAAGAAAGAACAACCAGCGAUUCGACAUCGGGUUAUGGGCACCCAAAUCUCACUAAUAAAUAUUGGGCAAAGGCUAGCCCAUCUUGUGUAAUCACACAGAAGAGCAACUGUAGCUCAAAUUGCUGAAAAACGUGAAGCUGGCCAUGAUAGAAUGGGGUCAUAACACACAGUGCAUCGCAGUUUGUUGCUUAUGGGAGCCGCAGAUUAUCCCUGUUGACCCUUGUUCACCGAAAGUGCCUUAAAUAGGGAUGUGAGUAUCGAAACUGGACCAUGGAAUAAUGGAAGAUGAUUGCCUGAUCUGAUGUAGUACGUUGUCUUUUAGACCAGGUGGACGGCCGGUUGCAUGUGCGUAAAUUACCUCGGGAAGAGAUGGCAGCAGGAUGCACUAUGUAAAGAAGGCAGGCCAGUGGAGAUAAUGUUAUGCUCUGGGCAAUGUUUUUCUAGGAAACCUUUGGAUCUGGCAUUCAUGUGUAUGUUACUUUGACAUGUACCACCUACCAAGAGAUUGUUAUAGAUCACAUAAACCCCUUUAUGACAAUGGUGUUUACUGAUGGCAGUGGCCUCUUUUAGCAGGAUAAUGCACCCUGCCACACUGCAAAAAUUGUUUAGGAUUGGUUUUAUGAACAUGACAAAGUUCAAGGUGUUGCCUUGGCUUCCACUUUCUGGAGUAUCCAAAACCCGGCCAUUAAACUUGCGCAAGAAACGCUGGCAAAUUCCCAAGUCCUCCUUCAUGGGUUCUGACACCCUGAUGAAAUUAUGUGGUGACCAUACACGACAGGUGGCUUUUGCCAAGAAUCUAUUGAACACGACUGUAACAUGUGUAAGGUCACUUUCUUUGACCCCCGAACCUCCGUGACGAAUCCCCUUACUGCAACCAAUUUGUCCUGAGGUAAAUGGCAUUCGCCUGCCACAGUGUCGAUCUCAAGCCCCAAGAAACUCAAACACGUUGAUGGCCUUACCUGUCACCCGCCAAUUGCACCCAGCAAACAUUCGCCACCCAUUCCAGCGUUCUUAAACCGAUCCUGCAGGCAUUAGAAUUGGAGGGACCGACGCAUAAGAAGUCGUCCAAGUGAUGGACCACCAACUUAGUGCCCAUACCAACUCAAAGUACACACAUGAGAUGGAACAACCCAUGGGCAGACAGAGAUCAACAUAGUAUUAGUUUUUGAAGAAGCAACCUAAUAAAUGGUGACACAUGGGAUGAAUGGGCAACAGGCAAAAUGCCGAUUCCACAUGAGCUUUUGCCAACAGCGCACCUGGCCCGCCUUCCUAACCAACUCAUCUGCUUGGUCAAAUGAUGUAUAGGAAACUGAGCAGAGUGACGCUUCGAUAUUAUCAUUUACUGAUGACCCUUUAGGAUAAGAGAGGUGGUGAAUCAAAUGGAACUUGCCUGCAUCCUUCUUGAGCACAGCACCUAAGGGUGAAACUCGUAAAUCCUGGAUCGGCGGUUCCACAAAAGGCCCCGCCAUCUGUUCCAAUUGUAGUUCUUGAAGCAAUUUGUCACGCACGACUUCAGGAAAGUCAUCCACCGAACGUAGAUUAUGUAAACGACGAACCUCCACCUGAUUUUGAAGCAGAAUCACAAACCCCCCAGUGAAACAGUCCCGAAGAAGUACUGCAUCCUCACGGUUACCGUAUUUGUUUAGCCAUGGGAGCACCAGCAAGAACCCCAUUGGCAGAGGAUGAUGCCGUGCCCACUGCAAUGACUCCGGCUGGCGCAUUUUUUCCCCUGCUUGAAGCAACGAUUGAAAUCGUGUCCACAGCCGUAAACCUGAACAUUCAUGCUUAAAGCGGCAUCAUUGAAGAGCCAGCAAUAUUCCCUCCUAUGCAUACCCAAUGAGGUGGAAGAGGAACCGACGCCAACUCCAGAUUGAAAGGGGGCUGCUUUUUGAGCCAUCAUCAAUUUCAUCCAGAGCGUCAGGUAUAUUUGAUCCCAACGCAUACCUGGAUUGACCGACGGAUGCUGGCAGAACUGCUAGUCAUAUCUCAAGCAUCUCCCAACAUGCUAGCCAGGAUACAGAAAGCCCUAAGCCAAUUUCCGAAAGUUUUAGAAAUCUUUCUAUACUUACGUCUCUUCUCUUCCUCCUCCUUCUUGGAGUACUUCUCCUCCUCCCCUUUAAGUCUAAAUAUUCCUCUAGGGCAAUGAUGACGAACCUAUGGCACGCGUGCCACAGGUGGCACUCCGGGCCCUCUCUGUGGGCAUGCGGCCAUAGGUUCGCCAUCAAUGCAGAGUAGGCACCUGCCUGCCCAUAAUGGCAGGUGCCUACUCUGCUUCUGUGUCGGGAGGCAGGGGGAGGGAUCUGUGAAGCAGCUCCCCUGUCCUCCCGCGAGCAAGCUGUGUGGAGCGUUGCCGCGCUUUACCAUGGCAACUCUCCACACAGCAUCGCGCAGGAGGACAGGGGAGCUGCUUCACAGAUCCCUCCCCCUGCCUCCCGACCCGGAAGCAGUACUUACCACCACCGGACCACCAGGGAUUUCUGUGUCCCCCCCCCUCCUUCAUUAAAGGUAAGAAGGAGGGAGGGGAAUACUGAUUUAGUACACUUUUUUUUUUUAAACACGUUUACCCCCCACACCCCAUCCCCACACACACAGCACCCCUACCCCCCCACAGCACCCCUACGCCCCCACACACAGUACCCCUAACCCCCAGCAGUACCCCCCCACAGUACCCCUACCCCCCCAGCAUCCCUCCCCAGCACCCCUCCCUACACCCAGCAUCUCUCCCCUCACCCACACCCAGCAUCCCUCCCUCCCCUAUACCCCUAUCCCCCACACAUCAUCUCUACCCCCCACACAGGACCCCUACCCCCACACAGGACCCCUACCCCCCCACACAGCACCCCGACCCCCACACACAGCACCCCUACCCCCCAUACACAGCACCCCUAAACCCCACAGCACAGCACCCUUACCCCUGCCCAGCACCUAUACCCCCUACCCCCACAUAGCACAGCACCCCUCUCACACACACAGCACCCCUCAUACACACACAUACACACACACAUACAGCACUCCUCAUACACACACAACACCCCUCACACACACACACACAGCACCCCUCACACACACACCACCCUCAUACACACACACAGCACCCCUCACACACACACACACACACAGCACCCCUCAUACACACACACACACCUCACACACAACACCCCCCACACACACACACACAUCCCCACACACACAACACCCCCCACACACACAGCAACCCUCACACACAGCAACCCUCACACACACACACAGCACCCCACGCACACUCACAGCACCCCCCACACACACAGCACCCCACACAAACACAUACACUACACCCCUCAAUGCAGUAUGUGUGUGUAUUCAGCAGUCUCUGUUGUUGUGUUCUUUUAAAACAAAAGUUGUUAAUUAGUUUGGACAACAGUACGAGUUGUUUUUUCUAAACUUAAACCUCAGUAUUGAAGUUUAAUUGCCGUGUUGGCACUUUAAGGAAAAAAGAGUUGGCAUGUAUUGCGGUUUGGGCACUCGGGCUCAAAAAGGUUCGCCAUCACUGCUCUAGGGGGAGGAGGGAGAAAAUCUCCACAAACUCACCUUUCCAUAUCCUAUCCUUGACUUUGGGCUUCAGAUGGCAGCCCAAAGGUCCGGCAAAAGAGACGUGCACGUUUUGGCAAGCAGCCUCAGGAAUAUCCCCUACCAACAACACCCUUUCAGUCGCUGAUUCAGUUAAAACCGACGUUGACAAAGACUCGACCGAAUCGCCACCCACAUUAACUGCUCCAGCCUCGUCUAUUGUACUCACUGGCACCACCGAGGUAGCUUGCAUAACCUUUUCUCCCCCCAGCGACCUUGGAGCCCACACCUAGCCAAACGAUCUUAUGUCCCUUGUACCCUCCCUCCAAGAAAAGAUUGUAAACACUCUCUGACAUCCCCUGUAUGUGGUGCAGGAAGUGACUCACCAACCAAACCCCGUGUUAUGUCCGAUCCUGGAGCUACUCCCUGACUUCCGCUGUGUACAUGUCCUAAAAAGCCAUAUCCAAACAUGAUCGAUCAUCCUGAAGUAUUCGUAGGUCUGCAGCCUCAUGUUCUUCAUUACGGCUGCUUGUCCAGCAUACCCCCUACAGGUUGAUUAUGUUCCGUAUUGCUACAUUUUUUAUUUCUUAACACAUAAAUAUAUAGCUACUGCACAGAACAUAGUCAUAAAAUAUAACACUUAGACUUGGGAAAAGACAAGUAGAAGUAUAAUAUGAUUUGUGCUUUAGGUUUUUUACAGUUAUAUAAGAACUUUCACAUAGAAACAUAGAAACAUAGAAUGUGACAGAACCACUCGGCCCAUCGGGUCUGCCCAAUAUUUUGAAAUACUUUGAAUUAGUCCCUGGCCUUAUCUUAUAGCUAGGAUAGCCUUAUACCUACCCCACACAUGUUUAACCCCUUAAGGACCAAACUUCUGGAAUAAAAGGGAAUCAUGACAUGUCACACAUGUCAUGUGUCCUUAAGGGGUUAAACUCCCUCACUGUGUUAACCUCUACCACUUCAGCUGGAAGGCUAUUCCAUGCAUCCACUACCCUCUCAGUAAAGCAAUAAUUCCUGAUAUUAUUUUUAAACCUUUGUCCCUCUAAUUUAAGACUAUGUCCUCUUGUUGUGGUAGUUUUUCUUCAUUUAAAAAUAGUCUCCUCCUUUACUGUGUUGAUUCCCUUUAUGUAUUUAAAUGUUUCUAUCAUAUCCCCCCUGUCUCGUAUUUCCUCCAAGCUAUACAUGUUAAGAUCCUUUAACCUUUCCUGGUAAGUUUUAUCCUGCAAUCCAUGAAUCAGCUUAGUAGCCCUUCUCAGACCUCUUUCUAGAGUAUCAAUAUCCUUAUGAAGAUACGGUCUCCAGUACUGCGUACAAUAAGAUGGCUUUUCAUUUUGGUUCCAUGAAAACUCUAUGUUUUAAUCUUAGAACUGUCCCAUCUUGGAUUCAUGCUGGACUACCUGAGAUAUUGUCUAUCGUUUUUAUGUUGUUUCCACUCAACAUGUGCAAAAAUCUGUUUCGUCCAUAAACAAAUUGAUUUGUUUGAAUCAAAAUCCUUUUAUUGGCACCCAAACGAUUUAAUCUGCCUGGGAUAUAAAUGGGAGAAUCGAUUGGCUUUGGUGUUGAGUAAAAGUAUUUUGAUUCGAUUUGUUGAUGGACGAAACAAAUUUUUGCACAUGUCUACUUUCUAGUAGACAGAAAGAGAAAGUCUUAUUAUUUUAAAGGGAUACUCCAAGCAACAACGAAACCACAAUAGCUCUGUGUAGUGAAUAUAUAGUGGUUAUAUGUUGUCCCCAGUUCAAGGAAACCAUUAAGGAUUACAGAUCUCUCCAUGGCACCAGGACACUGCUCUCUCUCUCUCUCUAACCUCAUUGCUAAAACAGAAUGUUCACCACCCAGUGACACCUAGUGAGAUAUAUAUUUCAGUACCUAUAUAAAGAUACAAAAUGUUUUUGAAGAAGAAACUAAACACUCUUUAUAAGUGAAAAGAUUCUAAAGAAUUAUUUGAUUAUAUAACAAUAAAAGAAAACACCCAUGGCAGAAGCUAGCUGUUAUAAGACAGCAUUGGAUGUGGGUUUGGUAGAUCUAUAAGUAGAAAGGUACUAUUUUGUCAAACUUGUCCACAUAGCAAUUAUGAAAAUAUUGGAUAGUUAACCGCAAAAAAAAGGAUAAAAGUGACAAGUAAAGGAGUCAAAACAACCCGUUUGGCUCGAAGUUCUAACUUCACAAUUGGUUGGUGUAGUGGAUAAUUAAAGGGACACUGUAGGCAAUAUAACCAUUACUUUUUCCUUGAAGUGGUUAUAGUGCUUGGAAUCCUCUGUCACUGUCCCACCAUUCAAUGUUAAAAUGUUUUCAAACAGUUUAACACUAAAUAAAGGUCCUUGGCCAUCCACAUACUUGGCCCAACUGGAGGCGAGACUAAGGCAGAGAUUAAACACCUUCUUUUAGCCAUACCAAUUCAAACGGUCAGCUGACACACUCAGCCACUCAUAGCCGCCUAUUGCUGUUUAGACUUAUGUUUUGUUAUUAGGGGGAAUGGGCCUGCUGAGGAUCCUAUUUAGCAUUAAAACAGUAUGUAGCGGAUGGUAUUAAGGCUGUCCUGAAAGACUGUGUUAAAACUGCAAUUUGUGUGUUUAUUCUUCUGUAUAGUUAAAACUGUAUAUAGUAUUCGUAUGAUUGUUCGGUAGUUUCCAUCCGUAUUCCAUACGAAUGAAAACUACCGAACCAAUAGACCACCCCAGAGAGAAGUGUGCAGCUUAUUAGGCUUCACACUUCUCUAACCGCAGGUUAAUUGGUACUUUGUGCAUGUAUCUGGGUGGCCGCCGUUCGGCAUACGAACACGUGGCGGCGGCCCUCUUACGCACGAAAACCUCAGCGGUGUUUGGCCGUCGAGUGUCUGGAACUCAAAUCGGGCCCCGGAGUGUGAGCAGGCAUUCCAACAUCUGAAAAGUGCACUUAUCAAUGCCCCUGUCUUGGAGGCUCCCAAUCCAACUAAAUGUUUUCUUGUUCACACAGACGUUUCUAUGUUUGGAUUGGGGCAGUACUGAGCCAAGUUGGGGCCGAUGGCGGAGAACAUCCCGUAGCUUACAUCAGUCGCAAGUUACUACCCAGAGAAGUGAGCUACGCCGCCAUCGUGGUGUGGGCCCUGAAGAAAUUACAACCGUAUUUGUAUGGACAGCCCUUUUCAUUGCUCACGGAUCACAACCCGUUAGUAUAGCUGAACCGGGUGGCUGGGGACAAUGCCAGGCUGCUGCGUUGGAGUUUGGCACUGCAGCCCUUUGACUUUAACAUUCAGUAACGCCCGGGGAAACAGAAUGGGAACGCUGACGGGUUGUCGAGACAAACAGACCUGGAGAAAUGAUCCGUGAGCAUCCCCGGACAUCCCCAAGCCGAUACGUGUUGGAUCAGACUGUGUAUGCCGGCUUGUGGGCAAGGGGGAGCAGUGUAGCGGAUGGUAUUAAGGCUGUCCUAAAAGACUGUGUUAAAACUGCAAUUCGUGUGUUUAUUCUUCUGUGUAGUUAAAACUGUAUGUAGUAUUCGUAGAAAAUGUUUUUUUGGUACUUAAUGGAAGGACAGUGCCUGGGAACUCCGGACACUAAAACCACUUCAAUGAGAUGAAGCUGUUAUGAUGCCUACAGUGUCCCUUUAACUCUGUCGAUCAUCGAAUAGCAAGACUUGACAAAUUCUCAACAAUUCGAUGAUGAAUAAGCCAGCUAUAGUCAGAACUUUGACUUUUUGGGGGGCUAUCAAAUGUAGAUAGUAAACAUUGCGUAAAAUUAGGUAAUUCGGAGACCUCUACUGACUCUGCUACCUAUAAUCACAAUCCCACAAUUUGACAGUGUUGUAACUCCUAUGGCGCAUUACGGCCAGGUAGCAGUGGGAAGUAUUUUUGAUUUGAAAGUUUGAAAAGGCGUCAACUUUAGUAUGAAGGUCCUUUCACAAACAGCUGUAUAUAAAGUGUGUUGGGUUAACCCUGUGCUACCAGCCUACUACUAAAACUUAUACUGAUUUAGUAUUGUCUAUGAAGAAGAGUAAACUCCACAAUAAAAAUUAGGGUAUGGAGUUGUCAGGUAAUGGGUGGUAGCUUAGGGUGAGGCUCACAUUUUGCCACACUGCUCCUACUGUAUGCAAUAUAAUAUGGUGCUGCACUCAUACUCAAUUUGAACCAUAAUCACUGCACUGAGCUGUAGUGGUUAGAGUCCUUAGGGGGCCCAUUUAAUCUUUGCAAUGGAUAUGUGGCCUGGUAAAUCUCUUGUAUUGAAAUCUCACUUGCGGUACAUUUGAUAGAAGCUGCUAUAUGAAAUCCCAUUGGUGGCAUCCUGCCCUUAGACAGUGCGGCAGAGGGGAAGUAGCCACACAGGGUUUUGUGAGGACAGUUUUUAGUCCAUGGUACGGCACAGUCAAUAUAUUCCUCAAGCUACCAGCCCCAUCAUUCUCAAAUCUCUGCUCAGACUAUGAACGUCUCCCUUCAUAAGGUAUGAAAAUGGAUUUGGGAUCCAAAAUAAACCCAAUAGUGGAUUAUAUAACAAUUGUAACCAUGAUAAAUAAUGUAAAUAAGAAUAAGAAUAUAAUGGACAGUGUGGAAUGGUUCAAAUAAUUGGGGCGUGUGUAUAUGUUCAAAUCGAUAAUGACCUUGGAGGUAUGGUAAAGAACAGGUGUGAUGAAAGCCAAAGAAAGACGGGAUCAAAAAAAACAUAUAGUAAAUAAUUAAUUGGACACAAAGUGGGAAUUAACUUAAAGUAUUCAUUAAAAAACAAACUCCUAUGAAAUGUUGGCCUUCAUUAUGGCAGUGCUAUUAUGUCCCCACAUUGUCUGUAUUACAGUAUUAGGCAGAGGUUCCUUCAUCAGAAUGGAUGAAUGGACCUCUUGCACAAGCUCAUGGUAGCCCCAACACAAUGUUUUCUCAACAGAGCUGUAGAUGCAAACAUGGAGCCACAGGUCUCAAACAGUCAGUUUGAGAAGGUGAGAACGUGUAUAGUGUACAUCUACUUGUACUCACAGGGGGAGCAGAAGCUUGUGGCUAUGACAUAUGUGUGGAGGGAUGGGCUUACAGAUACAAACAGGUGACCUCUUUGCACAUUAACCUAUGCAAGGAGUGUGGAAUAUCUAUGGUUUUGUUUCCUCCCAAAUACAUGCUUAUUCUGAUGCUGUGCAAUGUUGCAUUAGUGUAUAUGUGCACAUUAUAGAGAUGUAAUUCAAUAUAGGGCUGAUGUAGAAUUAAUCCCAGAGCUUCUAUUUAUCCCCAGUCCUGUCCCACUCUUUGGAUUGUUUCCCCAUGUUGUAACGGAGAUGCAAAGUCUUACUGUAAGCCCAUAAUGAGAACUCAAAGUCAUGCAGUUAUGGGGUCAAAUGAAUUAACUAUUCCUUGGGUCUGCUUUUUCAUUUAAGAUACUUCCUCUUAAAGAAUGUUGCGCGUGAAAUGUAUCCCUAUUUAUGCAUCGUGUACCAUACGUUUUUAUUUUAUAAGGCAUGUCGUUUCGUAUCCCUUCCCUAUUGCCUGGCCCCAUUCUUCAUCUUCUUCCCUGUCAGCUGGUUUUGAUUGACGGACAGUUGUAACAAGCCACUGCCUCUGUGAAGGGAAAUUAACCUCGACUGAUGUUCGGCCACGGAAAGGUGUCCUUUGGAAGCCAUGGUAGAAAUAAAAACACAAAUAUAACGUCCAGUAAAUUGUAAAUGAAGGAUACUGUAAUGUGUCAAUUAGAAUCAAGGUUGUUUAUACUAUAGUGAAAGCCCAAGGUCAUUUUAAAAUGGUUCAUGACAUAAUAUGUAUCCAACUUUUGUUUACUCUAAUCCGAGGAAGCUUAAUCCUUACUCAAUGUUAAAUAAACCUUUUUUUGGAUGAGAAUCAAAAAAUAUCUAGAUUUGAUUUUAUGGUCAGGAAGAGGAAUAUAUUUAAAAGAAAAAUACCGUCAGUGACACUUAAUGUUUGCCAGCCGAUUAAAAACCUGUUGGGUUCUAAAAAUUUUAUUUUUUAAAUGAGUUUGUAGAAAGAAAUAACUACCCCAAAUUAUGCACAAUUGACCACAUCAAAAUUUAAUAUCUUUAUUCUUGUGUUUAUUAGUUCCGUGCGUUUUGGCUUUAACCCCUUAAGGACCAAACUUCUGGAAUAAAAGGGAAUCAUGACAUGUCACACAUGUCAUGUGUCCUUAAGGGGUUAAAGAAGAGCUGUAUGUGAAUGCUAUAUAAUACAGGACAACAUUUUCAUUGCAUGCCCAUCAUCGUGAAGAAAGCAAAUAACCUAGAAACCUGAUGGAUCCGGCAAUCCUAGCUUCCUCUUUCCCAAAAACCCUUUUUGAAAUAUAUACAAUGGUUUUUAGAUGCCUGGGAAGAGCAAACUUAAUAGGAUGGAUUUUAUACAUUGUCUAUCAGAGCAUGCCUGCUGUAGUUCUGAUUUAAAUUGUUAAACUACAGGGAAGCAGGGACGUUUCCAUGUAACAAGUCUUACAGAAGAAAAACAAAUGAAAAAGUGGACAUUCAUUUUAUACAAAGACAGAGGGGAUAUUCAAAUAGGCGAGUCCUCAGAAAAGCAUCUUUUUUUGUUCAAAAAUCUGUUCCACGAUCAUGGAUUAGACAUCGCAGAGAAAGGCUCUGCUCUCUACCCACCGUUUUAGUACAUUUAUAUAGUAAAUCUGCUCUGGCUUCCUUCUGCCUGGUUGUCUUACUUUGUAAUAUACCUUACUGACCUUUUCAAUUCUUUCAUACAGUCCUUGUCAGGUUGCAAGGAACUUGCAUUCACUGAAGAAAUCGAUACUAGAACGUUUUCCUCAGGUUGGAAGACCCUUACCCGAUUGUAACAAACUUUCUGAGCCUUCCAUGCCUUUUCCAUAUUUUCCUUUACUACUUUACUACAUCCAUUAUGGCUUCCAUAUGCUCUUGCACUUGUGCAAUGUGUUCUACUACACUGCCUGUUCCCAUGUCUCUUGAGCAACAUCCGAUAUACCUCUGAGAUGUCUACCAUAUAACACCUCAAAAGGCCAAAACCCUGUGAAAGAUUGUUGUACCUUUCUAAUAGAGAACACGAGAUAUAGCAAUAAAAAAAUCCCAAUUCUUUCCAUCUUUGUUUAUUGUUUUCCGGAGUGUGGACUUCAGUGUUUUACUAAACCUUUCAACAAGCCCAUCAUUUUGGAGAUGAUGAACUGACGUUCUAAGCUGCUUAAUUUUGAAAAGUUUACACGAUUUCUUCAUUACAUUUGACGUAAACUGGGUCACUUGGUCCGUAAGAAUCUCCUCCACAAUAACUCCACAUCCUCGGUCCCUUUUUUUUUUCUAUUCUAUAAAGCAAGUCAUGUUUUUCUUAAAAUAAAGUAAAACACAAAGUUUUAUUAGGAUCAUUGAGUUCCUUGUAUAAUCUGUACAUUUUCCUUUGCAGUCGUUAAACUUGGGUCUUCCCAUCGGGCUGUGUGAAAAUGACCAGCAAUAAUUUCUAGAUCCUGUAAGCGUUCAUUUCUUAUAGAACGAGCAUUGCUUUUUCACUGCCUGACUCUAAAUCAACAUUAGAACUGACUUUCCCUUGGAACAUUUCCUAACUUUUUAAGACCUUUUCACAUAUUCAAAAUGUUUCUUUUUUAUCAAUGGGCAGUUACUGAUUGGUUUAGAGUGUCCGCUGACCUCCGGGACACCACGCUCCCUGUAACUGAGGUUCAGAAGCCGGAUGCCACCCGGGAGACCUAGAGGCAACUUUUGGGGUUAAUCCAUUUGAGAAAGUUUUUUCUUUAAGGUAAGAGUGCACCCGGGGGCCUCCUGGCACCAUAACAACACAAUUUAGAUAAUGUUGUUACGGUGACCGAAGUCUCCCCUUAAGGUAAAAACAGCCAAGGCGGAAUAAUUCUCUAAGCCAACUAUGCUUUCAGUUCAGCUAUUCUGGCCUUAAAGGGAUACUGUAGGCACCUAGACCACUUCAGCUCAUUAAAGUGGUCUGGGUGCAAUGUCCCACGUCCCUUAAUCCUGCAGUGGUAAUUAUUGCAGUUUCAUGGUUAACCCCACCUCUAGUGGUUGUUUACCAGACAGCCACUAGAGGGCUUCCUGGCUUGAAACGGACCUUUGUUUACGUUAUCUGAUGCUGAACGUCCACACGCUUUGCAUGAAGACUUCCAGCGUCAGAUUUCCCCCCGAAGGAAAGCACUGAAUAAUGCUUUCCUAUGGGGAAAUCCUAAUGCGAGCGUAGCCAUUGCCGCGCAUGCGCAUUAGGUCUCCCCCACCCUAAGCCGGCAGUGGAGGAGCCUGACCCAGAAGGGUAGCGUGAGGGAGGGGAAUUUGUUUUCUUGGCACUAUAGAAUCCCUUUAAAUUUGACAUUCACUUUGAAUUCUCACUAUAGUAAAUAACCCUGCCAAGAUUUACGGUAAAUCAUGGCUUGUGUUGUUAUCACCUUCCACCUCUGCAUGGUAUGCCCACCAUAUACUUUCCUCUUCUUUCCGUAUUUAUUUUCUGUGGCUUUGGUGGUUUGAAAAAAAUACCCUAUUAGACUUUCUAUAUACUUCAAGGGACACUAUAGUCACCUGAACAACUUUAGCUUAAUGAAGCAGUUUUGGUGUAUAGAACAUGCCCCUGCAGCCUCACUGCUCAAUCCACUGCCAUUUAGGAGUUAAAUCCCUUUGUUUAUGAACCCUAGUCACACCUCCCUGCAUGUGACUUGCACAGCCUUCCAUAAACACUUCCUGUAAAGAGAGCCCUAUUUAGGCUUUCUUUAUUGCAAGUUAUGUUUAAUUAAGAUUUUCUUAUCCCCUGCUAUGUUAAUAGCUUGCUAGACCCUGCAAGAGCCUCCUGUAUGUGAUUAAAGUUCAAUUUAGAGAUUGAGAUACAAUUAUUUAAGGUAAAUUACAUCUGUUUGAAAGUGAAACCAGUUUUUUUUCCUGCAGGCUCUGUCAAUCAUAGCCAGGGGAGGUGUGGCUAGGGCUGCAUAAACAGAAACAAAGUGAUUUAACUCCUAAAUGACAGUGAAUUGAGCAGUGAAAAUGCAGGGGAAUGACCUAUACACUAAAACUGCUUUAUUUAGCUAAAGUAAUUUAGGUGACUAUAGUGUUCCUUUCAGGUCUAUCGAAAAUAUUUCAUUUUUUUCAUUUCUUACUGCCUCUAGGGAAUUUCCCACUUCCUGUUCCAUUUGUUGCACCUCCUGUUACACAGCCACGCUGGUCUCUCCAGAGACUUGCUAAACACUUGCUUUUUCAUUCUCCAUCGUGGGUUGGUUCUCUCCCAGGUAAACAGGAAAUGUGAGCGUUUCAAAAUAGCCAAAUUCUUCCUAUAUGCUUUAACUUUUACAAGCAUGGAGUGGUAUUUUGCUGUUGGACUCAAUAAUGUGUCUUGUCCUGUUGUUGGUGGGAACAUCCAGUUUAAUUCCAACUUCCAAUUUGAUCUCAAACUUCCUAUCUGUAAAAAUAUUUCAGAUAUAGAAAAACACUACAUUUUCAGCUCAAAGAUACAAUCUAAAAAAAGCACCGUAUAGUCCGUAGUGUCUUACUAUGUGUACAGUUGCAAGAAAAAGUAUGUGAACCCUUUGGAAUGAUAUGGAUUUCUGCACAAAUUGGUCAUAAAAUGUGAUCUGAUCAUCAUCUAAGUCACAACAAUAGACAAUCACAGUCUGCUUAAACUAAUAACACACAAAGAAUGAAAUGUUGCCAUGUUUUUAUUGAACACACCAUGUAAACAUUCACAGUGCAGGUGGAAAACGUAUGUGAACCCCUAGACUAAUGACAUCUCCAAGAGCUAAUUGGAGUGAGAUGUCAGCCAACUGGAGUCCAAUCAAUGAGAUGAGAUUGGAGGUGUUGGUUACAGCUGCCCUGCCCUAUAAAAAACACACACCAGUUCUGGGUUUGCUUUUCACAAGAAGCAUUGCCUGAUGUGAAUGAUGCCUCGCACAAAAUAGCUCUCAGAAGACCUACGAUUAAGAAUUGUUGACUUGCAUAAAGCUGGAAAAGGUUAUAAAAGUAUCUCCAAAAGCCUUCCUGUUCAUCAGUCCAUGGUAAGACAAAUUGUCUAUAAAUGGAGAAAGUUCAUCACUGCUGCUGCUCUCCCUAGGAGUGGCCGUCCUGUAAAGAUGACUGCAAGAGCACAGCGCAGACUGCUCAAUGACGUGAAGAAGAAUCCUAGAGUGUCAGCUAAAGACUUACAAAAGUCACUGGCAAAUGCUAACAUCCCUGUUAGCGAAUCUACAAUACGUAAAACACUAAACAAGAAUGGAUUUCAUGGGAGUAUACCACAGAGGAAGCCACUGCUGUCCAAAGAAAACAUUGCUGCACGUUUACAGUUUUCACAAGAGCGCCUGGAUGUUCCACAGCAGUACUGGCAAAAUAUUCUGUGGACAGAUGAAACCAAAGUUGAGUUGUUUGGAAGAAACACACAACACUAUGUGUGGCGAAAAAAAAGGCACAGCACACCACACCAACGUCAAAACCUCAUCCCAACUGUGAAGCAUGGUGGUGGGGGCAUCAUGGUUUGGGGCUGCUUUGCUGCGUCAGGGCCUGGACGGAUUGCUAUCAUCGAAGGAAAAAUGAAUUUCCAAGUUUAUCAAGACAUUUUGCAGGAGAACUUAAGGCCAUCUGUCUACCAGCUGAAGCUCAACAGAAGAUGGGUGUUGCAACAGGACAAUGACCCAAAGCAUAGAAGUAAAUCAACAACAGAAUGGCUUAAACAGAAGAAAAUACGCCUUCUGAAGUGGCCCAGUCAGAGUCCUGACCUCAACCCGAUUGAGAUGCUGUGGCAUGACCUCAAGAAAGCGAUUCACACCAGACAUCCCAAGAAUAUUGCUGAACUGAAACAGUUCUGUAAAGAGGAAUGGUCAAGAAUUACUCCUGACCGUUGUGCACGUCUGAUCUGCAACUACAGGAAACGUUUGGUUGAAGUUAUUGCUGCCAAAGGAGGUUCAAACAGUUAUUAAAUCCAAGGGUUCACAUACUUAUUCCACCUGCUCUGUGAAUGUUUACAUGGUGUGUUCAAUAAAAACAUGGCAACAUUUCAUUCUUUGUGUGUUAUUAGUUUAAGCAGACUGUGAUUGUCUAUUGUUGUGACUUAGAUGAUGAUCAGAUCACAUUUUAUGACCAAUUUAUGCAGAAAUCCAUAUCAUUCCAAAGGGUUCACAUACUUUUUCUUGCAACUGUAUGAUAUACAGGAUAUCUUGAUACAUUUUUCAUUUAUCCUAAAACAUCAUUAUAUCCCAAACACAAUAAAAAUGUUGCAUAGCAACUUCAUAAAUCCAUUUAAACAAAUACUAUCAGAUGUUUUAUAUUUUCUCAUUAAAAAAAUAAAAAUAUAUAUAUAUAUAUAUACUAUUUAAAAGACCAAAACUAUAGCAUAUAUAGAAAAAAUGUACAGCUUUAUUUCAAACUGUGUUUAUUAAAACCAAAUGUUAUAAACAGAUCAUGUGAAAGGCACAUUCCAAGAUUUCGGAGGCAAUAGUCAUGUUUGAGAUUAAGACAGACCUGUAGAGUUGGGAAACUCAUGCAGCAUGUGUCACCGGCAAUGCCUUGAGGUGUGGGCUAGUCUGAAAAGAGAGCCCUAAAAAAUGGGCAUGUCAGCUUGGCAUGGAUCACGCCAGUCUGACUGGCCAUCACGAUGUUCAGCCCAGCUCAUGGCUGCACACGUGCAAAUCACUGUUAAAAUGCUCUGCCCAUUGGCUGAAUACUCAGAGUGCAGUUUGGGCGGUGCAAGUGCAUUUAAAGAUGUGCUUGUGCUGCGUUUGAUGUGGACAACAGGGUUAUUUACUAACGUGAGAACUGUCAUGAUUUCAAGGUGAUUUUUAAAUGUAAGAGGACACCCAUACCACUUCAUCGCAAUGAAGUGGUCUGUGUGCAAUGCCCCUGUCGUUUACAUUGCAGGGCUAAACACACCUCUAGUGGUUUUCUCCCUGACAGCCACUAGAUGGUGCUUCUGCACCCACAAUCAUGAAAGUCAUACUCGGACAUUGAAAGAUCUAUGAGAAAGUUUUGAUUGGAGUUGCACAUGAACUUCUCAUACACAGUGCUUCUCUAUGAAGCAUUUGCUUAGACGAGAUGUUGAAGGUCUAAAGUGCAGGGAGAUUUAUUGGAUGAUUAGCAGCAACGUUUCGACUCCUAACAGAUCCUUUAUCAAGCCUUUCUCAAGAAGAAGAGUCAGCAGGCAAAAUUAUGAAAUGGGAGGAGGGGAAGUUGCUGCAUGGACUGAGACUCUGCCCUGGAAACAAGGCAAGUAAACUAUAUUAAGCAUCCUUCAAAUAGCAGUAAACAGCAUGAACAUUGGCGGAUUCAAGGAAGGGAGCACCAGGGCAAAUGCUCCCCCUGAGAGGCCAGUGGAAUUUGUCAAACUGGCAGCAUGGGUUAACUGAGGUGUCAACACCAAUCUAUCCCUAAAUUUGCAUGCCUUAAAUGUGUGCAGGUAUUUGUCGCUAUAAGCAUUUUUGUAGUUUGGGUAUAUGUACCUGUGUGGGGAUGUAUGUGUCCACUUUUGUCAAAAACCUUAGCAGUGUCUCUCUCGAAUUCAGGCUCUGGAUCAUCCUAUUUGCAGAUACAGGGGGAUUGUUUUACAGUAUGGAAUGGGAAAUUGGUUUCAAAGGAAAAAACGCCUUUCUUAAUCCAUAAUCACUAUACAUCGCAAACACGCUUAUUAUGAAAAGAGUCCCAAGACAGGAACUGUUAUUAAAACUAUUUUAUUAAAAUGAUCUUAAAAAUACCCUUAGAACCAGCUUAAUAAAUUUAAAAAAAAACAUUGGGAGUUUUGAAAACCUUAGAUUAUCCAACAAAAUAAUGCACAAAUUAGUAGGUCCAAUGGAUCCAAUAGAAACCACUGUGAGAAAUUAACCGGUUUCUUCAGUGUGUGACAUAUAUUUGCAUCUAUUGUACAGCGCUACGGAACCUGAUGGCGCUAUAUAAAUAAUAAAAUAAUAAUAAUCUAAGCAGCACUACUGGUGUAUCUUUCAACAAGAUGUGGAAUAGAAGUAUAGGAUAAAAUACUACUCUAACUGCUGUAGGUCCCUGUGCUGAGGGUCUGCCAUGAUCUGAAUGGUCCUCGCUGAAUAAUGAAAUGAGUAUUUAUUACAGUAGUUGGCGUGUGUCAUUUGUUUCAGACAGUGAAGGCAGACUGCGAAUUAAUGGAGCGUGAUUUUUUACAUGAAGACAUGUUGCAGAAAGCCAAAUAUGUCCUAACACAAUGAUUUCCAGAUGAUUACUCAAUAAUUUACUCAGGGUACGUAAAAGUUUCGGUAUCGACACCUCUUGCGAAAUCACAAAUCAGGCUGCUAUUGAUACCGAGGAAGGAGCCAACUGAGGUGGUGGAAAGACACAGGUACAUUCCUCCCCAGGUGACAGCAGCAAGAAGGAUGGCAGGCGGGCCGAACCUCCCUGCUGUUGUGGUUAUGGUGCUUGGAACGUUCGUAUAAUAAAACUCUUCCAUGAUGGCCGCUGUAAUGGACAGAUAUAGAUUUAGGUGCAUUUACUGACUUUCAAUGCCUGGAGCAGAAUACCAGCACGCCCGUUGAAGGUCAUACAUAAUGGGGUGUUGUAAAUGUACUGGUUUCAGAAGUUUGUUUGUCAAUUUUAUUACACCUGCCACAUACAACUUAAGGCUAAAAAAAAACAUAUUGAGUAAAUAUAUUAUGUAUUAUAAAAAUAAGUGUUUUUUUUUUCUACAGGUUCACUGUAAAUGCAAACAGUGAGUACCGUAUGUCAUUUAGAGAUGUAUUAUAUAUUGAAUUGCAGGGCAUUGAAGACAAAACUAUUGCAAAUGUUUAUGGACAAUUCAUAACAAAGUAUUCGUUUUUAUUCAUUGAUUUAUUUUUUUACAUUAAAACAUAAUACUUAAAGAAAUAACUAAUUUUAUCGCAGUUCAUGAAAGGUUUAAGCUUUGCAAGAAACAUUAUUCAUGGUUUUCACCAUUUCAGAUCCUGGUAUUUUUCUAAAUAAUAGCAGCUUAUAAAAUAUAGCAUUAGCUCUUAUCAGUCUCCUAAUAGUUGUGUAGAACAGGGGUUUCCAACCCAGUCCUCAAGUACCCCCUUCAAAAACACCUUAGAAACAAUUGAGUAAUCCUUAAAUCCUGGACUGUUAGGGGGUACUUGAGGACUGGGUUGGGAACCACUGGUGUAGAGCAGUGCUCUUCAACCCUCUCCUCAAGGCACACCAAACAGUCCAGGAUUUAGGGGUUACCUGGGUGUAUUUUAGGUGUUUUGUGUAAAAAAAAACCAAAACAAAAAAAAACACCUUAGAGGUUUUUUAACAUAUGGACACACCCGGGUAAUCCCUAAAUCCUGGACUGUUAGGUGUGCCUUGAGGAGAGGGUUAGGGUUAGCACUGCUGUAGAGGAUACUUUGCUCAUUGGGAGAUCUGGUAGAAUAUUAUUAUAUACCAUGACACACAUCUGAAGAAGAAGAGCAGGGUAUGGCUUAGGACUUUAGAGAAGACCCUAUCGCAGGAGUAGGCAACCUUUGGUAGGCCAGAUGUUGUGGACUACAUCUUCCAUAAUGCUGGCAAAGCAUCAGGGGUGAUGUAGUCUACAACAUCUGGAGUGCUGAAGGUUGUCUACCUCUGCCCGAUAGUGCCUUGAAACAUCGGACAGCCUGUCAAUGUACUAUUUGUAGACAAUGUGUUACAUCUCAGACAGUUUCAUUUCUAUAAAAAAAAAUAAGUGAAAACCUAAUAUAAAUAGCAUGUUGCAAUUUUUAAAAUAUAAUUUGUAAGUGUAUUGGUCUAGACCAGAGGUACCAAUAGCAUACAUAUGGGGACUGUGAGGGGCAGUCCUUCCCCCGUCACUCUUUGUAACUGUCAUUGUGGCAUUUGGAGUGUUCCAUUAAUAAUCUGCGCAGUGGGCGGUGCCGCCUUCAUUUUCGUUAGAGGCAUAUAUUGACAAUGCCCUAAAAAUAUUUUAUAAAAUAAAUCUAAAGAUAAAGGUGUUUACUGCUUCUGUAAGAGCAAGAUAAAUAAGCAAAGCAUUGUGCGUUACGCAACCCUUGAUUACACAAAAAAAAAAUAUUUCCUUUCCAAAUUUUACACAAAUAUCAUCAAUGCCACAUGUUGCUCUCUAAGUAUUGUUGCGAUAGUUGGACUUUGCAGAUGGUCUACAUAAGCCUACUACCCACGCCUUGUUUAUUGCAAGUCUUGCCUCAUCUCUUUUAAACAGCCAUCAUCACGCAACCUCCACAGAUGUUUCGGCUACAACCAACGAAGGCUAAAGGUGACAACUUAUUUCUCAAAGAAAACAAACAAGACUUAGGGAGUAAAAUAAGGUUCUUUCAUAUUAUGGAUGCAGAAGCUUGGCUAUAACCAAGGCAAAUAUCCGUUAAUAAAGAAUAUUAUUAUGUACCACGUGUUAAAGGGAUACUGUCCCUCUACUGGAAGUAACACCACUAAAUAAUAUUAAAAUACAACUACACCUUGUGUUAACAUUUUUUCAUGUUCUGCUCCAUUUUCUUUUAAAUGUAUAUUAUACUAUAUUAGCAAGUGACCACAAUCCAGUUAAGUCAAGGCACAGCCAGGGCACAGAAUACAUUGUUACUGCUUCUACUACUCUACAAUACCAAAAAAGGGAGUGGCUUAGAACAGGGAUUAAUAGGGAGCCAAGAUGGAGCCGCUCAGUUCCAGGAAAGUCCUAAAUACAUUAAUGUGAAUUUCUACAUUUUAUUUGUUUAUUCUUUACUACAGAUCUCACAACUGCAUGUUUGAUAAAUGUAUAAUGAUAGAGUAUAUCUAUAUACAGAGAGAGAGAGAGAUGUAAAAAACAGAUACAAUUUGUAUCUUGUAAUACCUUUUUUAUUGAACUAACAUAAUAAAUGAGUUUGUUAUUUUCUAACAAACCUGUGUCUUAUCUGCACUCAUGUCGCUUUAACCCCUGUAUCACAACUCAACUUUGAAUUCUAUGUGUCGUCUUGCUCAGAAAUGCUUCAGACUUGAAAAAGGGAGGUUCUCCCGAAAGCUUGUCAUUAAAAAAUUCUGUUAGUCCAAUAAAAAAGGUAUUACAAGAUACAAAUUGUAUCUGUUUUUUACAUCUACAUCACUGGACUAAUACGGAUGCGCUCCCCUCCUGCCGGUCACAGAAUGUAGUGUGGCCGAGCAGGCAGACCGCGGUAGGGGAGCUUCUGUUCCCCUACCUGGUCUGACAGGAACCUGCAAGCGAGAACGCUCCUCCUGUGAGCAGACAGGUUGGAGAGUUGCCGUGCGUUACCAUGGCAAUGCUCCGACAUGCCUGCUGCUCUCGCGGAGGAGAGCGAAGUCAGCCUGCAGCCAGAGGAGCUGCAGGUGGAACAGCACGUGCCACCACUGGACCACCAGGGAUUUGAAGAGUAGCCAUUCCCCCUCUCCCCUGACCAAAGGUAAGGGGAGAGGGGGUAAUAUAACGCUUUUUUUUUUUUUUUUAAAUAUAUCAAUGCUAUAACACUCCCCCCCACCAUACACACACUAUACCCCCUCCCCCCCAACAGCACUCCUUGACACAUAAACAGCACCCCCCACACACAAACAGCACCCCUCCACACACAGCACCCCUCCACACACAGAACCCCUUCACACACAGAACCCCUCCACACACACACAGAACCCCUCCACGCACACAGAACCCCUCCACGCACGCAGCAACCCUUCACGCACAUAGCACCCCUACACACACAGCACCCCUCCACACACAGAACCCCUUCACACACACAGAACCCCUUCACACACACAGAACCCUUCCACACACACAGAACCCCUCCAUGCACACAGCAACCCUUCACGCACAUAGAACCCCUUCACACACACAGAACCCCUUCACGAACUACAGUUUAAUGUAUUGGUUAUGGUGUCUAUAGCCUGUCCCUGUAGGCUGAGCACUGUAAAUGCUACCUUUUCAUAGCACAUCUCUAGUGACAGUCACUCAGACGACCACUAGAGAUGCUUCCUAGUCCAGUACUGCACAGAUUCUGAUGCUGAUUGGUGCGAUGAAGCACUGCGUUUUGCCACACAUGCGCAAUUGCCUCCCAAUACUUUCUUGUGGGAGAUCAUCCAGUUGUCGGCCAAAGUGAAGAGCACACUCGUUACUUCAAAAUGAGCAAGAUAACAUCAUUUUUUUACUGCUGUGCAAUAGCAUACAUUCACAAUUUCAAUCCAAAUGACCAAACAUUUCUUAAUAUAUCAAGGUAGUUGGACUGAAACAUGGAUUACAUGCAAAUGCACGUCUGCUUACAAUAAAUCUGCUCUGCUUUAUUUUGAAGCUCUAUGAGUGCUUUCUUUCACGUUUGAGUGAUAGUUUUCAGGUUUUUUUCUCCCGCUUUCAUAUCUGCGCACUAUGCUGGCGCGAUGAAUUAUGUAGCUGGUAUGGAAUUUUUUUCCAGGGCUGCUUUUCAUUCCCAGUCCGGCCCUGAUCUUCAGAAAUUUGAGGGCAAAUGUGCAGAUAGGUUAGUACUCUAUUUUGACAGUUGAGUUAGCACUCUAUUAUAAGGAAGAUGCACUGGUCGUCCUUGGUUUAUAAAGAUGGUGGCUGGCCAUGAGCUUUAAUAUUGGCGACACAUGCAGUAUUAACUCAUUGGCUGAGCGAGUCGGCCGAGGUAGGUCAGUGUAGAGAGUUUCCUGCUCUCCUGCAGAUGGUGGCACUCAAAAAUAUAGAGUCAACGUAAGUCGGCUAUAAACUAUGCAGGCAUUUUGUCAAUAUUGAGUUGAUGCAGGAUAAAGUGCUUUAAUGUCAGGUCCCCCAGAGAACAGCAAUAUUCCUAUAAUAAUAUAAAGAAAAAUAGCAAGCCAAAUAGAGCAACGUGUUUCGAACUAAAUACAAAGGUCUUCCUCAGGUGCUUAUAGCUGUACAUGUGUAAAUACCUCUAUUUGUACCCCCUUAAUGUCCUUACUAGAACCCCAAAUCUAGAUAAAUCCUAAUAUGGUCCGAUUAAAAACAGGAAUGUAGAAAAGCUACAAAGUAGGCCGUUUGCAAUUUUCUUUCCAAUUUGACGUUUGCCUCCAUUUGUUGUGAAUAAAACCACUGAUAUCUGGUUUCUUUUUCAUAGCUUCUAUUCUAUCACUUUAUAUGUCUAGCCAUUUCUAACACCGGCUGCCUUGACUGCUGCACUGUAUUAAACAGGUCUCUUGAAUUCUGUUGUCUUGUACAAAGUUAAUGUAUACAGUGCUGGUGCUAACAUCUAAUAUAUGGAGCCUAUACUCUAUCUGAGCUCAUUAAAGGCAGUGGGGUCAUCAUAUGGCUGUGACAUGUGUUCCUUGGUUUUCAGUUACUCUACCCCAUGCAGUCUGCCCAUUACAAUUAUAUAUUAAACAUUUCUCCAAAUUUCCUCCUUCUUCAUAAUACAAAACAAUUUCGAGAGCCCCAAGUUACACAUCCCUUUCCACUUUCCCCCCUUCCAAGUAACAGAUCCCUUUCCACUUUCCCCCCUUCCUGAGCACACUACUACAGAAUGCAGGCUCUAGAUAAUGUCAUUAUAUCUCAGCAGCCUCAAUUUUUCCCAGAUCCGAGUCACACAAAGAAACUGGAAUUGAAAUCAUGGCUAUAUUGGGGGCAAUAUAUCUCAGACUCCCGCACACUAGACAUCUGGAAGUCCGUAGCAAGGGGUGAAACAAAUACAAACAUGGGACCCCUUUCUGUCUUAUGUCACCGAAUUUGUUGAGUGAAAUGGCCGUGUAGCGCACUAAAUGUCUACGUCAGCGGGAAAAUAUUUAGAAGACUCUGAAUAAUGAGACAAUGUAUACCCAGGAGGUAGCAGAAAACUAGCGAAAGCUGGAUGUAUCCAUGUUGGUGAUAUAAUUAUUAUAUUCCAUAUAGCGUAGCAAUGAGGUCAUGAGAAAGUCCCAAUUGUCUUCAUUAUGCAAUUAAACUGUAUGAGCAAUUUGUCAAGGACGCACUCAAUUAUACGGGUUCUAAUGAACCGUGAAGAGGGGAGAGUCAUUAACCCCUUCACUACCGAGGGCUUUUUCAUUGAAAAGAAAUAUUAGCAUUACAUUUAUUUGAAGCAAGGGAUGCAUAGCUAGUAUAUAAACAUAUUGUAACACGGCAGUUGUGUGAAUAGAUUGCUUAGCAGCCAAACGUAAACAUUUAAAUGAUAUACAUUUACACAUUUUUUAUUUUUUACUUAUUCGUUACUCCUCCCUUCAUAAAAAUAUUUUGGAAAUAAACCGCUCUAGACCGUAUACAAUGUCCUUUAUCUCGCAAUAUUUCACACAGAGUCUGAAAUGUUAGAGUGAAAGCAAAAAUUAGUUUUCUCACAUACAGUAGGUGUGAUGAAAUUGGUAAAUAAAAUGGUCAGAAAUUGUGUUUAUAGGUAUUUGUAAGGACACUGAAGGUAUUACUAGCAGUAUAGCUUAUUGGAAAUGGCAACAGAAUGUAAAAAGGAUGUCUGCAUUUGGGCAUAAAGUCCACAUAGAGUAAAUGCAGUUAAAUAAUAUAUUUCUAAAAUAAAGGUAUGUUAAACUGCUAUAGCAACCUAUAUCAAUGUCUAAACUGCUAAUGUUAUGCUAACAGUAAAAUUGUAGAGUGCAUUUACUUCUACCCCUCCUGUCUAUAUAGGAAUGGUAUGAUCCAUUUAAACAUCCUGUACUAUUUGAAAGCAGGAGGUGAGCUGAUAUUUUCGACAACUUUACAGCCAAUACAUCAGUGACUAGUGGCUUUGUUUUGGACCAGAUCAAGUGUCUGCCUGAGUAUCUGCCCCUGUCCAGAUCUUUAAAGUGAGGUAAUGCGUGCACGCUGAAGAAAUCACACUGACAACAAGUUCAGAUAAAAUGAAAACUUUUAAUAAUUUAUUUGGGGGGCGGCAUAGCCCCUUAUCAAGGCAAAGGAAUGCAUUGUGUGCAAACAUGAAGAGUAAACUUUUAAUUGGUUAAAUGUAAGUGUUUUAUCUUGAUGUACUUCCUCCAAGGUGUGAUGUCUUCAUGUAGCUCCGGAUGGAGACGCCAUCUUGUUACAUGAAGGUUUUGGUCGAUGGGAGGGGUUGCUCUAGCGGCCAUUUUGAGUAAGGCAUGAGCACAGGUGCAUAUAACAAAUAGUCAUUUUACAUACAUUUAUUUCUAUCCAUCGCAGCUUCUGGCAGAGAAAUUUGUUCCUCUACAGGCUGAUAAUCAUAAAUAGUCGAUCCGCUACUUGCAGAGAUGCUCCUGUUAAGCCAAACACUGCUGGGGGAAGUCUCGCACCUUGCCAGACUUUCUCUAUUAUAAAUUCAACUUGCUCUCACCCUUGCUAAACAAUCAGACUUUUCCUCUCUCAUUAGUUCAUGCUCCCACAAUCCCAGGCAUCUCUUUGAUACCUUCAACACUCCUCUUCACCCUGCUGUGACCACCCCAAAAACUAACCUUUCAGCCGAUAGCUUUGCAUGCUACUUUACCGACAAGAUAAAACAGUUAAGGAAAUAAUUCUCCUCCCUUUGCUCCUCUCUCUCUCUUAACCGCACUUGUACGAUGCCUUUUUUACCCUUCAGACCUUCUCCCUGGCUACUGAACAGGAGAUAGCUGCGCUUCUCAUUUGCUCUCUUCCCACCACUUGUCCACUUCAUCCUGUCCCAUCUCAUCUGAUCAGAUCUCUCUCCCCUUAUCUUGUGCUGUCCUUAAUGCAUAUCUUCAACUACUCUCUUUUGUCUGGCAUUGUCCCCACCCCCCUUAAACAUGCUACUGUCUUACCUGUCCUUAAAAAGUCAUCUCUUGAUCGUCCUCCCAUUCCAACUAUUGUCCCAUAUCCCUGUUCCCUUUUUUCUCAAAGCUUCUAGAAGUUGUCUUUACCCGUUUGCCUUGCUUUUCUCAAUUCCAACUCUCACCUUGAUUCUCUUCCAUCUGGUUUCCGCCCCCUCCACUCUACUGAGACCGCUCGAAUGUAAGUUACAAAUGAUCUGAUUGUGGCUAUAUCCAAAGGCCACUACUAGAUACUAAUUCUUCUUGAGCUACCACCUGUACGAUGAUGACAUCCAGAUAUAUCUAUCCUUCCCUGAUCUCUCCCUCGCUCUCCUAGAAUGUGUCACUGCUUGUCUUUCUUGCUUUCUUUAUAUUCAGCUACAGCAUCUGAGUACAAUGACACCUGAUGGUGGCCAUCUGAGUACAAUGACACCUGAUGGUGGCCAUCUGAGUACAAUGACACCUGAUGGUGGCCAUCUGAGUAUAAUGAUUGUGGCCAUCUGAGUACAAUGAUGGUGGCUUUUGCCACCAUCCUGUGAAGCUACAGUGCAAUAUAAGAGAUUUGACCAUUUCAGUUUUUACAGUUACAAUUAUGAUGGAUUUUCAGGCAUUGUAGCACUUUGGCUGUUCAAAUUAUCCCACACAAGCCUAUCACUCGGGAAAGUAGACACUCCGGAGUAUAUUGUGCCGUAUCGUAACGCCAUUUUUUUUUACCAGUUUAUGUCAAAGUUUGUGGUAAUUUAUUUUACAUUGCAUUUUUGCUCAGCAUUUUGUAAAUCUGAUAUGUGCCGCUUUGAUUGACCUCACCAAAUUAUGCUCAGCUAACUUUGUUGAAUAAAACAAUAAGCCCAAUAUAGAUUUACACGGAUGCCGGAGGUGCGACGUCACUCCAGUGGAACGCACAAUGCGUUCCACCCACGACCGAAGACCGAAACCAGGAAGUAACAUCAAGGAUCCAUGUGACCGGAACCAGGAAGUGAAACGCCGACGGAGGAGGAACCAGGUGUGUUCCACGGGAAAAAAAAACGUGAAUUUUAAUCAGACACUUCGUUUAAAGACCGGUAUGGACUUAUCAAUAAGAAUUCAGCCAACUGAGGAAGCCACGUGAGGCGAAACGCGUUUUGGCAAUAUUGUACUCAUCUUUAUAGAUUUUAAAUUUAUCUGUAUCAAUAAAUAUAGUUUAUACUUUUCAACCAUCUGGAUCCUUUGCAGUCCAUUAUUGGGAGCAAUUUUCCACACUACAGAUUGGAUAUCCAGACCAGCCAUAGAGGGAUUUGGAUCCUGGAAAGAUCCUAAGGCCACCUAUACCAGAGCCAGGUUCAAUAUUGGCUCUAAUUUUGUGAGUGUUUCCUUACAUAUGUUAUCUUUGUACUGCUAUUUUAGAGUUAUCUGCACUAUUUGUGUACCUCUCUGUCUCCACAGCAUUAUUGAAUAUAUUGAGAAAGAUCCUAAGGCCACCUAUACCAGAGCCAGGUUCAAUAUUGGCUCUAAUUUUGUGAGUGUUUCCUUACAUAUGUUAUCUUUGUACUGCUAUUUUAGAGUUAUCUGCACUAUUUGUGUACCUCUCUGUCUCCACAGCAUUAUUGAAUAUAUUGAGAAGAGAGGAAAGUAUAACACUUGCUCCAUCCAUUGUGUUUGUAUUGUAUGUAUUUUUGGUGUUGGUAUAGGGGAUACCACACGGGUGUUUUAGAGCAUUAUUGUCACUAUUAGAUAUACCAUCGAGAUUUGUUUCUCUAAGUAACAUAACCAGGGCUGCCAUCAGGGGGUGACAACCAUGAUGGUUGACACGGCCCGGCAGCCCUGGAGGGCCCUGCCCCCACAUGGAGCGGCAAAACUCCGGUCUGCCGCAGGUGCAUCUGCACCAAGGCCCAUCAAGUGGCCCAAGCAUUUAGGGCCACCCGAUUAGCCCUAUAUCUUCAGGGACCCGGUCAGCACUGCAGCCGUGUAAUAGUGCGACUAGGCGCCUUUAAAAAAAAUUGCGGCUGCACGGCCGGUCACUUCCUCCCAGCUUACUCCGUGCAGGGGGAGAGACAGCUGAGGAGAGGCAUCCGCUCCCAUCAUCCCCAGCCACCCUCCUGCAAUGAAAAGGUAAGAAAGAGGAGGGUGGCUGAAAAAUUAUGUGUGUGUGUAUAUAUGUAUGUAUCUGUUUGUGUAUGUACAGGGAGUGCAGAAUUAUUAGGCAAGUUGUAUUUUUGAGGAUUAAUUUUAUUAUUGAACAACAACCAUGUUCUCAAUGAACCCAAAAAACUCAUUAAUAUCAAAGCUGAAUAUUUUUGGAAGUAGUUUUUAGUUUGUUUUUAGUUUUAGCUAUGUUAGGGGGAUAUCUGUGUGUGCAGGUGACUAUUACUGUGCAUAAUUAUUAGGCAACUUAACAAAAAACAAAUAUAUACCCAUUUCAAUUAUUUAUUAUUACCAGUGAAACCAAUAUAACAUCUCAACAUUCACAAAUAUACAUUUCUGACAUUCAAAAACAAAACAAAAACAAAUCAGUGACCAAUAUAGCCACCUUUCUUUGCAAGGACACUCAAAAGCCUGCCAUCCAUGGAUUCUGUCAGUGUUUUGAUCUGUUCACCAUCAACAUUGCGUGCAGCAGCAACCACAGCCUCCCAGACACUGUUCAGAGAGGUGUACUGUUUUCCCUCCUUGUAAAUCUCACAUUUGAUGAUGGACCACAGGUUCUCAAUGGGGUUCAGAUCAGGUGAACAAGGAGGCCAUGUCAUUAGAUUUUCUUCUUUUAUACCCUUUCUUGCCAGCCACGCUGUGGAGUACUUGGACGCGUGUGAUGGAGCAUUGUCCUGCAUGAAAAUCAUGUUUUUCUUGAAGGAUGCAGACUUCUUCCUGUACCACUGCUUGAAGAAGGUGUCUUCCAGGAACUGGCAGUAGGACUGGGAGUUGAGCUUGACUCCAUCCUCAACCCGAAAAGGCCCCACAAGCUCAUCUUUGAUGAUACCAGCCCAAACCAGUACUCCACCUCCACCUUGCUGGCGUCUGAGUCGGACUGGAGCUCUCUGCCCUUUACCAAUCCAGCCACGGGCCCAUCCAUCUGGCCCAUCAAGACUCACUCUCAUUUCAUCAGUCCAUAAAACCUUAGAAAAAUCAGUCUUGAGAUAUUUCUUGGCCCAGUCUUGACGUUUCAGCUUGUGUGUCUUGUUCAGUGGUGGUCGUCUUUCAGCCUUUCUUACCUUGGCCAUGUCUCUGAGUAUUGCACACCUUGUGCUUUUGGGCACUCCAGUGAUGUUGCAGCUCUGAAAUAUGGCCAAACUGGUGGCAAGUGGCAUCGUGGCAGCUGCACGCUUGACUUUUCUCAGUUCAUGGGCAGUUAUUUUGCGCCUUGGUUUUUCCACACGCUUCUUGCGACCCUGUUGACUAUUUUGAAUGAAACGCUUGAUUGUUCGAUGAUCACGCUUCAGAAGCUUUGCAAUUUUAAGAGUGCUGCAUCCCUCUGCAAGAUAUCUCACUAUUUUUGACUUUUCUGAGCCUGUCAAGUCCUUCUUUUGACCCAUUUUGCCAAAGGAAAGGAAGUUGCCUAAUAAUUAUGCACACCUGAUAUAGGGUGUUGAUGUCAUUAGACCACACCCCUUCUCAUUACAGAGAUGCACAUCACCUAAUAUGCUUAAUUGGUAGUAGGCUUUCGAGCCUGUACAGCUUGGAGUAAGACAACAUGCAUAAAGAGGAUGAUGUGGUCAAAAUACUCAUUUGCCUAAUAAUUCUGCACUCCCUGUAUGUCUGUUUGUGUAUGUAUGUCUGUUUGUCAGUAUGUAUGUGUGUAUAAAUCUAUGUAUGUAUGUAUGUGUGUAUGAAUAUAGGUCAGUAUGAAUGUAUGUCAUUGUCAGUAUAUCUAUCUAUCAGUAUGUAUGUAUGUGUGUAUGUAUAUAUGUCAGCAUGUAUGUGUGUAUGUCAGUAUGUAGGUACAUAUCUAUCUGUAUGUGUGUGUGUCAGUAUUUAUGUAUGUGUAUGUAUGUCUGUAUGUAAAUUUGUAUGUGUCUGUUUGUCAGUAUGUAUGUAUGUAAGUCAGUGUGUGUGUGUCUGUAUGUCAGUCAGUAUGUAUGUGUGUGUAUCUGUAUCUUCUUAUGCAUGUGUGUGUCUGUAUAUGUGUGUGUCUGUUUCAGUUUGUGUGUCAGUAUGCCUGUAUGUCUGUUUCAGUAUUUGUGUCUGUUAGUAUGUGUGUAUCUUUCUGUGUGUCUGUGUCUUUUUGUGUCUGUGUGUAUUCCUAUGGGCGGGAUUUGGAGGCGGGCACCCGGGGGCCCAGACCUUGAGCUGUGUUAGGGGCCCAAAAAUGUCUGAUUUGGCGGCCCUGAACAUAACCAACACAGCACGCUAAGAGCUAAUUUUUGCUAAUAGUGUUAUUCAAGGGUGACUAAACAUCAAAUUAUAUCCAAGUGAAAACUGAACUGCAAACUUGAGGUGAAUAUAGAUGAUUCUAUAGUCUUAACUUGGCUAUUUUAGCACAAAUUUUGCAAAUGUGUUUUUAAUUUUCAGCUAUUUAGUAUCUAUGCCUUCCCACGCACUCAUGUAAGUUCAAGUACCAGGGUUAACGCAGCUGCGUCAAUCCAGCCUGUUGGUACUCGCGCAAAUUUGAAUGCAUGCGUGUUAAUUUAGUCAGCCUAUUAUUAAUGCCGCCAUGUCUAUUUGAAAUCCACACUCGUGUAAAUGUGGACGCUGCAUCAUUUUCAGUAGUACAUGGCCACGUGAUUCUAGCUUGGAGCAAAUGUAAAUAACAUUUCUGUUUUUAUUGUAAAUAACAUUCGCCAUAAUGUUCGCUCCGUUUUAGAUAUCUUAAUUCUCGGCGUCACGAUUGAUGCUCAACCUGGGCCUAUAUAAACCUGUGUUAUCUCUGGACAAGCGCUCUUGCGUGGUUCCUGGUGUCCCGCUUUUUUUGGGGGGAACUGUCCCCAACAAGCAUAGUGUGAGCGUAUCAGACAUUGAGAUGAAGUGGUCUGGAUGACAUUAAUAGUCCUUUAAAAAUGGUUUAAUGUGGGAUGGAAGGCCAGGGAACUCCAGACACAAUAACCACUUCGAUGAAGCCGUCAUGGUGCCUACAGUGUCCCUUUAAAAAAACAGCUUGGGCACUGCGUCAUCGACGUUAAGUUGUUAUGGUGCCAGGUGGUCCCGGGCUCACCUUUAGGAAUUUAACUGUUCACACACGGUUUAACCCCUAGGUCUGCGCUCCAGGGCCUCCCUGUCCGAUAUCUGAUAUCCGCCAUGAUGGGAGGAGCCGGCAUGGGCAACGCUGACGCGCUAAGCCAGCGAUGGCCAACCGUGACACCAUUAAAUUGUUUCUGGACUACAUUUCCCAUGAUGCUCAGCUAGCUUUAUAGACUGUAAACACUAACUGAGCAUCAUGGGAGAUGUAGUCCAGAAACAAUUUAACGGUGUCGAGGUUAGCCCUCGCUGCUCUCAGCCAAUCCGGGAGAUACGGAAUGGGCGUUGGCCCCGCCCGAGCCUCUCGCCGCAGCAAACCAUCCGGGAAUGGAAUUUCAGGGGCUGACUGCUGCCACCAUAACAACUUCAUCUGGAUGAAGUGGUUAUGGUUCCCACACUGAUCCUUGAUGAAGUGGUUAUGGUGCUCACUGAAGCAGUCACGUGGUUAAUGGCUGGGAGUGCAGGGACCAGGGAGCCUUGAGGGCCUUUUCUCAGUUCGGGGCGGGGUUACAGAGUAUGACACGCCCUUAUUGAGGCCUGGGGGCGGGGUUAGGGAGCCUGGGGGCGGGGUUAGGGAGCCUGGGAGUGAGGUGAGAGUUGGGGGGCGGGGUUAGAGAGCUUCGUAGGCUAUUAGUGGAGUCGUGGGCGGAAUCGAUCGCCACUUCCGGUUGAGGGCGGAGUUAGGGAAGCUGGUAGGUUAUUAUGGGAGUAGUGGGCGGGGUUAUAUGAGUAGUAGGCGGGGUUAUAAGUCGCCUUUCCGGUUGAGGGCGGAGUUAGGGAAGCUGGUAGGUUAUUAUGGGAGUAGUGGGCGGGGUUAUAUGAGUAGUAGGCGGGGUUAUAAGUCGCCUUUCCGGUUGAGGGCGGAGUUAGGGAAGCUGGUAGGUUAUUAUGGGAGUAGUGGGCGGGGUUAUAUGAGUAGUAGGCGGGGUUAUAAGUCGCAUUUCCGGUUGAGGGCGGAGUUAGGGAAGCUGGUAGGUUAUAAUGGGAGUGGCGGGCUGUUGGCGGUAUCUCUGUACAUAGCGCUGGGGUCUCGGUGCAGCGAGGUCGGUAUUAUUUCUCACACUGCUGGGGGCGGGGGGCAGGGUGUAACUGUCCGGCAUGGAAGGGGUUAACCCAGAGGGCUGUGCAGGCCAGUGCUCCCCUGACAGUCUACCUGUGGCUGGUCUCCAUGGAGACUGGCUGGCUGAGCAUCAUGGGUGGAGUCCCUGCUGCCUGGCUGCCUGUUUUCACUCUCUCACUGAUAGAUACACUGUCUCCAUUAGUGUUUGUACACUGGGCCCCCCAUUUAAAAGGGAGGUGGGGGGGGGGAUUAGACAUAAAAUGUAUCUUUAUUGUGGAGGUCAGACAGUAUACUAAGUUGUUCCACAUAUGAUAAAGUUUUAUAAGUUUAAAACUUUUUUGUCCAAUCCAAUGCUUCUCAUAGAAGAGCUUUGGGGGCACAGUGUGCAUGCGCGUCAGUCACUCAGCUUUGCAAAUCGAAUGCCUCUCACUGAGAAGCAUUAAAUCCAAGGAUUUUCUAUGAAGCGCCUUGGAUGCGUUUGGCAUCAUGCUGCACCCAAUUUUUUUUUUAAUUGUGGUGCAGUGGGGACUGACUGUGGUUUGUAUGUGGACUGAUUUUGUGUAUGUAUAUGGGUUUCUUGUAGUAUUAUUUAUUUAUUUUUUUUUUUUUUUGUGCGGUACAGCCUGCCUCUUCUGUUAUGUUUGUGGGUUGUGUGCAUGUGAGUUGCUUGUAGUAUUUGGUGUGCGGUUAUAUGUAUAUUGUGUGUGUGUGUGUGUGUGUGUGUGUGUGUGGAGGGUUUCCGCAUGGGUGGGUUCUCUACUAAAAUAAACUUGUUGCAAACUUAUUUCGUACCCCCCAUCUUGCCUAUUUUUUUUUGACCAGGGAGGGGACAGGAAUCCUCAUUCAUUUCUGGAAGACCAGUGGUGGAACAUGCAGUCUGUACCUGUGGCAUAUCCCUACUUGCUCUCACUCCAUUCCGGGAGGGAGAGUUUCCUGUAGUGUCUGCACUUGCUGGAAGUAAAGAGUCCAGGACUCCUUUGUCUCUGGGCGGGCUAGGGAAACCCGCUGAUUUCUCUAUUUGGGCCAGCAGCCUCUCAAGCCAUGUAUAGACAUUCCGCCUACUAUUGAGUGCCGACACCUGCUGAAGUGAAUGUCAGUUUGUUUUUUGUGCACUGGUAAACGGCAGUGUUUACAUUUGUCCGAAAUCAUUCCUCUAUCCCCUUAAGGACACAACUUUUCAGAAAUAAAAGGGAAUCAUGGCGGAAUAUUUCCAUCGUGUGUCCUUAAGGGGCUAUUGCAGGAGCAGGCAACUUCUGUACUCUAAAUUGUGAACUACAUCUCCCAUUAUGCUCUUUAUUAUUAUUUAUAUAGCGCCAGCAAAUAUGGUACUUUAAUAAUCAGCAAAAAUGUCCUAAUGCUGGCAUAGCAUCAGAGGAGAUGUAGUCACUAGCAUCCGGGAUGCCAAAUGUUGCCGAUCCCUGCACUAGAGGAUUGGUUUUGGAAAAAUUCCUGUAUUUGUGUUGUCAAUUCCAUUCCUGUCACCAUAACCACAACAGUGGGCCAUUGUAGUGAACCUAUACUGACCCUUUAAAACCACAUGUACGAUAGCUACAACCUACACUUGCUCUGUAGUCAGUAGUACUCCUCUGAGGCCCACAAUUUAAAUUAAUAUUUUUGUUUUCUGUAACUUCUUCAAUUGUAGAUAAUUGCAUGCAUUAUAUUUAUUUCCUGCAGACUCUGAAUAAGACACAUUUGUUUUCUUCACUGGCACUUUGAGCAGUUCCUUUGGAUACAAUAACUAUGACUCAGCCAAAAAAGAGGGGCCGUCCAAGCAUGAAUCGAGAUGUAUCCACGCUGCAGGUAAAGGCGUUUGAGUUUUAAACUGAAUAAAUGUGCGCUUUUGCAAUAAUGACACUACUUUCCUAGGGCAGAAUUUUCAUUACCCACCUGGAAAGAAUCAGAGUUAAAAAGAAUGUCUGGGUUACAGCUGUGUACCCCACAUUGUAUGUUUGGGAAAAGACCGAAAAAGUCUACCCAAUAUCUCUAAUAUUUUUCUUUUAAUUCUUUAACUGCAAGUUUGAGGAACUUAAAAAAAAACAAAAAAAAAACCUAACAAGCAUGAUAUUGUCUGUAACAGCACCUACAUUUUUUUUUUUUUUUGUUACAUGGAAAAGCCAUUGAUAGAAAAUUGGAAAAUUAAAGGGCAGCUAACGUCACUUAGACCACAUCAUUGCUGUUCUUGCAGGAAAGGAAAUUGAAAAACUUUUUUUUUUGGGUUAAAAACACCUAUUCGCUGUCAUACUGACAGCCACUAAAGGCGCUUUCUCUGCACUGAUAUCAUGUCACAUGAUAAAAUCCAGGCCCACGCUCAGCUGACAAUCUGUGCCAAUGAGUAUGUUUAGUAGUUUAUCCCCAAGGAGUAGUUCCAGUCAUCAUAUGAUCACAUCAGGAUGAUUGGAAUAGCUCAAGAAAUUGAUAGCAGCCAGACGGAUUUGAUCAAUUUAUACACAGCGCUACUUCACUUUAUAGUAGGUAGGUCAGUUUUUUUCUACUUUUAUGAAAAGCAGCAGAUUGCGGUAGAUCCCCCAGAGAUUGUAGAACUACAACUCCCAUGAUGCUUUGCAUGUCUUUAGAAUGACAACGCAUCAUGGAAGCUGUAGUUUUAAAACCUCUAGGCAUUUACAUUUUGGGCACCCCCUAGUCUGCAUGCACAAUAUGGACAACUGACACUGGCAACAAAGAAACAAAGUAUUCCAAGCUUUUUUUUGUUGAUUGCUGCUGUUGUGAGUAGGCUCGGUGUACCAUAACCACCAUGCUGUUUCCAGUAAAGCAAAGUGCCUGUGGUGCUUUAGAGUAACCCUUGAAACACUGAUCAGUUAUAUAGCGUGUAAAAUUGCAAAAUACUUUUACUCCAAUCCUUGAAUUUGACUUCGCUAAGCUAAUGAAUUGUAGGAAUGAUUUUUUGUGUGGUUUUUCUCUCUAGUGUUUGAGUCUCUGAUAUAGAACACAUAGCUUUUGAUACUAUCCCUGUUGGUUCCCAUGUUAAUUGGGUGUGCUCAGAGCAGCCUGUGGUGAGUCCCCUCUCAGGCUGUUUAUACCACACCCCAGAGAAUCCAAAUGCCGCUGCUUUCAGGAAGCAUCAAAGUUGGUAGCUUUCCUGUCCUAGCUGACGGCAUACAUACCAUCUCCAUAAAUAUUAAUUCUGAAUUUCACUUUUUCAUGUUUAUUGUUGGUGAACCAGAAAUUGCACAUUUUUGGCCAAAAUAGUUCCUGUGAAUAGUUCUCCAACUCUAACUAAUUCUUUGGUUGCUUUGUGUAAUUUUGGAUACAAAUGAUUAUUCUUGUAUUGUAAUGAUUUUCAUUAACAGAACUCUCUUGUCACUGUAACCACUAUAGUUUGCUUGGCUGCUGUAGUGAGGACAAUAUCAAGGCAGGAAGCCUUUGGUCUGUACCUCCAGUGGUUGUAGAGCACAGUAAUCGUCAUCUGAGGUGUGGCAGUCACUAGAGCGCGCCUCUGGGAUUCCCAGCAUGCAUUCUGACUUAGAAUGCAUGAGAGUGAUUACUAUGGUCUGCACCUGUGGGUAUGCUCCUAACCUGUACCAUUAAGGGAUCGCAACCCCCCUGCAGAAAGGUAAUCAGGAGCUCAAACACAUCACACAUACGGCCAGUAAAAUAUAAUGCACACACUCUACACACUGCCAGGAAAUUACUUCAGAACAUUGUAGUGGUUAUGGUUCCUGGAGGUUCUCUUUAAUUAAACUAGAUGUGGUGGUUAUGGUACUUUCAUAAAAUAAGCUCGCCUUAUCACAGCUUCUCACGUUUAAUUGUGGUUCUGCAAAUGAUCUAUUUUUUUCUAUGUAUUUGAAAUAAAACCUUGUAUGUCAAUUAAAUGUAUUAUUCAUAUAGUAAUGUUCCCUAGUGGCAAUGACUGCCAACCAGUAAUUUUGGUAAUGUGUAGACUGUAGGGCCAGAUGUUGUUUGUUAGGUAUGUACUGCAUUCUGCUCAUAAAUAUAUUUGAACAAUGUUCUUGUCAAUAUCAUGGUUAAUGUCCGUGUGCCUUGAACAAUGAAAUUGUGCUUUUAUUAAUGGCUCGAGCCCAGCAAACAAUUAGUAAGGACUAAAUAUAAUGGCCAGCGGGUACAAGAUAAGCCAUUAGCAAUAUUUGCAUUGACUCGUUCAUUUUUGUUUUUUCAUUAGGGUGACGAUAUGGAAGACGAUUCUAUCAUUCAGACACAGACCCCAUCACAGGUGCAGAAAAAUCUGGACAGACAUUCACCAGAUCAACUCAAUCUUAAGGUGAUCUUUAGAUGAGCCCCUUGGUGACCUAUAUAUGGUGGUUGGGUAGAUGAAUUUUGUGUUCUUUCCAGAAUAUGGUAAAAUUAAAAAGGCGUAUGCUGAUUGAAGUUGAAUAAUAUUGUUUUCGUCAUCAUAAUGUUUAAACUUUGCAAUAUAGUGAUAUCACACUGGUGCAAUUCAUUCAUCACAUACCAGCAUUAUUUGUGAAGUUUGUCUGACAGGCAGUUAGGUGAUAAGACACAGAACUAAUUGUUUAUGUAUAUAUGUAUGUGUUGUAUAUUUAAUCCAAGACUCCUAAAGUUGAGGACUUUUGGAUUGUACAUUGUUACUUGAGGGCCUGACACCACGAGGGGCCCUGGCAGCAUGCACAGAGUGCCACCAGGUGCAGGGUCAGACCUCAACUUUGAGAACACAAACAUCCUUUGAUGGAGAGUGACCUAGACUUUAUUUUGUGGUUACUGUGAGUUAACCGUGUCUGGUCAAAUUUCACAGUUUCUUGUUUAAGUAGGACAAACGAUGGCUUUGUUACCCCAGUACAGAGGGGACAGACCUGCUGCUCACUUUAUAAUGCAAAACCAAAGCACAUCUGGUUACCUCCUAUCAUUAUUCAGUUCCUGGAAUUGAGAAGUCAUCUGAGACCAACAGGACUGUUAAUCGGUCUUAAAGAACACCUUUCAUGUAGAGACCGCCAGUUUUCUGUACUAAACACAGCAGCCUUUAGAGCAGGCUUCCCCAAACUCUGGCCCUCCAGAUGUUGCUGAACUAUAUCUCCCAUGAUUCUCAGCCCCCCGUCAAUUUCAUUCAUAGAAUCAUGGGAGCUGUAGUUCAGCAACAUCCGGAGGGCCGGAGUUUGGGGAAGCCUGCUUCAGAGUUUACACAAAGCAUGAACCUAAAAAAAACUAAAUGUUUUCUGUUUUUGUUUUUUUUUGUUUUUUUUUUUUUUCAUUGCCAUCUCUUGAAUUUUAGGAGUCAUGUGUUGGACCUGUUACAGCAAUCCUUCAGUAGUGAUGUUUUCUCUUAAAACAGUAGGCCAGAUGAAGACCACAUGGCUCUUUAUUAAGGACAGUCAGGUUUAUAUGUCCUGUGUUACAUCUUGCGGAGAAGAAAAUCAAAAGGACAUAUGGUUGGCAGAUGAGUGCCAAGAUAUUUUACAUUGCUUACAAUUGCUCCGCAAAACAAGUAGCCGAUGACCAUAUAAUUCAGGAAUGCAGGAAUUAAAAGUGACAGAUCUGUGGUUUUAAUAGAAAAACAAAGAAACCAGCAUGGUGGGUCCACUGCCACUUCAAGCACCAUAACCACUUAGUAUUCCAGCUGACUGACAGUCCAGGGAAAUAAUUUCCCUGUGUGGCACUAUUGGUUUUGUGCAACUUUUUUUGGCACUCAUGUAAAUGAUAUCCCAUCAAAGUGUGUGCAAGAGUCUGCCUAUCCCUGCUAGAGUUCAUCUAUAACGUUCUGUGAGUUGGACUGAGGUUGGUGGGAAUUAGAAUGCCUAUCUGGUGUAUUGUCAUAGUGAGACAACUUAUGUGGAAUAUAACUCCUGCCAGCCUCAUCCAGUGGCUGGCUGAAUCUGAUACGAAUUAUAGUCCACAAUAGCUUUAUACAGCAAGUCGUUAUUUUAAUGCACAAGUAAAUAAUAUUUGAAAAUGGCAUUUAACCAAGACUGACUUGAAGCAUGAAACCAACCAAAAGCACGUUUUUGGGGCAAAUAGAUGCAAAGUCUGAGAGGUUUCCUGCAUUUGUGUAGGUCGUAACCUUUAGGUCCUGCUAUAGGUUCACUUUGGGACUUUCUGCCUGUUCUGUGAACUGUUUAGAAAUACUUGAAAAUGUUAAAGCAUUGACAUUGAUUUAUUUUUUCCAUCCCAUUAUAGGUGGGAGAGGUAGUACAGUACCUGCUGAUAAAAGAUCAGAAGAAGUUGCCUAUCAAGCGGGCGGGUGAGUUAGUAUUCUUCACUGUGACUUGUAUUUAUUAUUGACACCAUUCAUGUGGUGUUAAACCAAACCAUUUAAAAUAGCGCUCUUACUUUCCAUGUUUUUUGUUUGUUUUUUAUAUUGGCAUUUAACUCCCAUUUUAAUGCAAUCUGUCCUUUCUUUACUUCACGUAUAAGUGUCGAAAUAUUGCAAAAUGUAGUGAAGAGUGGAUUUUCAGUAAAUUUCUCUUCUCCCAACCCCAAGUCUCUGCAUUGAAGCAGAUAUGUCUUUUUGCAGUAAUCUAUACUUGAACAGAAAAAAAAUUUUAACGCUGCAUUGUCGCCUUCUGCUGAAGAGUAUUUCAUAAAGAUAUAAUCUUUAUGAAAUACUAAUCUUGUCUGUAUUGGUAUUUCAGUGAAAACAAGAUGGCUGCGUCCGCGAUGACGAUCCCCAGUGGCGGUUUCACCAUUGGGCGUCUUUGUGAAUUUGGCAAAGUCCCCAGUCGGUGACAGUGCCCCUUCAAGAAUGACUAAGACCAUGUUUUUGAACAUUUGCUUUCUAAUAAACUGCAAUAAUUAUAUUUUUAAAAGGCAACUACACACAAAGUGGCUGUCCACUAGAGGGACUUCCGGGUCGUUGGGUGACUUCUAGUCGCCUGAUGCUAGACAUCCAGCAUCACCCGAAAACCCAUAGGAAAGCAUUGUAUAAUGCCUUCCUAUGGGGGGGGGGGAGGGGAAGAAGUCCUAAUGCAAUCCCGAAUCAGUCUCGAGAGACAUUGGCGCUGGAUUCAGGUAAGUGACAGGAGAUUUUAACUUUUUCUUGAGUGGGGGGAACUAUAGUAAGCUAUAGUGCCAGGUAAACAACUUUGGUUUCCUGGCACUAUAAUUUUCCUUUAAUAAAGGUUGGAAGUGUGCCAAUGUUAGUGUAAAAUGUGAUCCUUUUGUCUAAAGAUGGAAGCACUCUUUUAAGGUUGGCAGAGUAGAUGCUGGCUAUGCAAGUUUGACCAUUGAAGACGUGCAGUGGCUGCUUUAUAACACAAAUGGAAUUGUAGAUCCAGCCGUUCUAUAUUAUAUCCAUAAACCAUGUUCAGUGGAAAGACUUGUAAUUGUCAAUACUUUCCUUGUCUAGAUAUUGUAAAAAAUGUAUUGAAGGAAUUCAAAGAUGUAUACCCAGAAAUACUGCUCCGUGCCAAGAAGACUCUGUUGGAGGUGCGUUAACUGUUGGAUAUAUUUAGUAUUGUUUAAAGGGACGCGAUAGUCCCCAAAACAAACAACUAAAUUCUCUGCCAUUUAGGAGUUAAAUCACUUUUAGUGCAGUCAUAGGCACACCUCCAUGCUUGUGACUUACACAGUAUUUCUAAACACUCCCUGUAGAGUCCUCUAACGUUUACACUUCCUUCAUUGCAAAUUAUGUUUAAUGUAGAAUUUCUUAUAUAUUGCAUUAAUAGCUUGCUAGCCCCUGCAGGAGCUUCCUGUAUGUAAUUAAAGUUCAAUUUACAGAGCAGAAGAUAAAAACAUUUCAAGUAAGAUACAGCUGAUCAAAAGUUAAAUCAUUUUGUUUUUAUUAAAAUUAAAUGUAGAAACAAUUCAAGCAUCUUCUUGCAUUUAUCAAUUUCUUAAUAUACAGGUGUUUGGCUUUGAGCUGAUGGAGGUUGACACAAAGAUCCACAUAUACAUUCUUGUCAACAAAUUAGAGCGUGUAACUGGUGAUCACAUGAGAGUGUAAGUAGGUGAUUUCAGAUGAGAAAGAUAUCCGGUGCUUACAGAUUUUGAUCUUGUUUUAAUCGAUGAUGCUGUGGUGACACUUUAUUUUUUUUUUAUUUUUUAUUUUUUAUUUUUUUUUUAGUAUAUAGGGGAGAGGGGCGGUGGUAUGUCCCCACCAGCUUCUUUCACUGCUGUUUUACAUUUGAUAAACAAACAUGUCUUUUCCAGCACCUUAUGUCUUGUGCCUUUCUGCAUCCCCGACUACUGCAAAAAAAUAAAAUAAUUCCCUGUGUUCUGAUCUUGUUCUGCUUCAGGUUUUGGACAGAGUAAGUGCAUAGAGGCCAGUAUUUGGGUGCUAUAGAAGUCCAUAUAGUCAAAUGGCUUGACAAAAAGCUGGGAGGGCUGACUUCACCAAAAGGCAUGAUAUUCUGUACAGCAAGAUGUAGUGGCUAUAGUGCUUAGGCUUUUCCUUUAAGAACUUCCUGGCUUGGGCAGAGUGUAUAUUUACAGCAACAUUUAAGGAUCUUUUAUUUAUUUUUAUCACAUUACUUCUAAUGUGUCAACUCCAGGCUAAUGUCCUUUGAGCAAAAUAAUGUAGAGUAUGUAGAUCCACCAUUGUCGAUCGGUUAAUCUGACAUGCACAAUGUUUAGCUCACGGUGAAGCAGGAAGAAAAAAAUAAAAUCUUUUUUCUCCUAGAGCUAUUGGAUAUGGCAUCGUUAUAUAUUUAGAGAUGGUUCCAUUCUAUGGUCUCUUCAUUUGUAAAGACUAUAAACAAUUUCCAUCAUUAUGAGUAUAGCAUUGUAAAGAACCGCUGCUUCCAAACCUUUCGAGUGAUGUAUUCAUUCCACAACACAAUCACUCUCGGUGGGUUUUAUUCUGGAACUGCUUUGUUAGAGCAUCCGAGAAAUGUCUCCUCUAAUUUAAUGUACUGCUCACCAGGUAAUUCAGAACUUCUUCCUUACAGGGACGACCAUACGGCUAAGCUGGGUUUACUCACUGUUAUUCUCAGUCUCAUCUUUAUGAAGGGGAACACCGCAAAGGAAAGUAAGUAAUCAAAACCCUAGCAAUCUAAUCCAAACAUAGAUACAUUUAUCGUAUGAAUUUAUCUGAAAUGUUUAUUUAUCUUCCUGUUGUGUAAAUAUUGUAUUUACGAAUUUAGAGGAAUAUUGACCAAGCUGUGUCCAAAGCAUGGAGGCCUACAGGUUUAAUCGAAUUGGUGUGAAUUUCCCCCAUAAUGCCUUGUGGUUUAUUUUGCAGCGGCUAUCUGGGAGACACUGAGGCGUUUGCGCGUUGAACCUGGGUGAGCAUAUUUCUUUUCAUAAAUCUCCAUUUUUGUAUGCCUUCACAACCGGAAUAGGUCCAGCAUUUCAUAGUGGUAAGAAGAGCAUAGGUGUUGACUUUGGCAUAGGAGACCACUUAUUGUGGCAGUAGGUUCGUGGAAUUAAGGGACACCAGGAUUUAUUUGGUUUUUCAUGUGAAAUGUGUUUACGUUCUCUUCAGCUAUCUCACCAUUGACUUUUUGUUAACCCCUUAUUUUAAUCAGGAUUAUUUUAUUUCAAGGGAGAAACACCCUGAUUUUGGCGAUGUAAAGAAACUUGUAACUGACGAGUUUGUAAAGCAGAAGUAAGUAUAGGAUGUGCAGCACUGCUCUCCCACAAACCCCCUGCAGCGUCAGGAUCUGCUUGGUGUGUUCAGAGCAGGCUGCGGAGAGAGUGCCCGGGCUGUUUACAUCACACCAUAGAGCACUGUGCAGCUGUGUCAAUGUCAGUCGCUCUAAUGAACGCUUGGAUGACAAACUGCAAACAAUGGUUCUCUUAACCCUUUAAUUGCAAAUCUGUUGCUUAAAUUCUAUUUGUAGCAGCUCAUAUUGACUGGCUUGGAAUUUUCUUUCAAUGCACCUGACAAUGUAGGGUUUGAUUUAAGUGUUAAAGAUCACUUUUAUUUUCUUCGAUCUAGAUACCUGGAGUAUAACAAAAUCCCACAUACAGAUCCUGUUGAGUAUGAAUUGCGCUGGGGGCCGAGGGCUUUUAAAGAAACCUCAAAAAUGAAAAUCCUGGAAUUUGUCUCGAAGGUGAGUAAUAAUUUACUUGCACAACUAAUUGGUAAUAAUAAACAUGAGAAUCCUUGUAGGUUGUUCACGAUUUGGUCUGUAUAAGAACCUGCACUGCCUUCCUCUGUAUCUUUAAUUGAUCCCUGUGUAAGUAAAUACCUUGUGCUAGUGGUAAUAAUGUAUAAACCACACUGCGAUCCAGGACCACCACUUAAUAACUAUCAAUGCAUUAAUAUUCUAUACAAAUGGCCAAGCACUGUUAUUUUUUUUUACAAAAUGCUCUAAUUUCUUGUAAAUUUUAUAUUAAAUAUUUGAAAAAGUAUAUUAUAAUCCAGUUCAGACAAGGCAAAGCCAGAGAAAACAUUGCAAAUGAAGAGAAGAAAUAUAAGCUCUGUAGUAUGCUUGUUUUUUACAAUGGUUAACAGGGAGCUAAGAUGGAGGUGCCCAGUUGCAUGAUAGUGUGGAUAUCUAAAUUUCAUUUUUUAUUUACACCUUACAAAUACAUAUAUACAUUUCUCUAUAAUAUGUAAGAAAACUGGGUUCCUCUCUUUAGCUCCCUUUUGGCAAUGUUUAUCAGCUUUAUGAUUUCUCUAUGCUGACUGCUUCGUGCAAAAGACAGAUUAGAAAAACAUAUUGUCAGGAAAACAUAUUCGUUUCCCGGCACUGCAGGACCCGGCCGUGCCCCUGUUCUCCUACUCUCCUCUCCUGGUGGGGGAGACCUAAUGCACAUCCGCACACGCGCAUUAGACCUCCCCCUAGGAAAGAAUUCUUCAAUGCUUUCAUAUGGGGAUUUCGGCAAGACUGGAGGUCCUCAUAUAGCGUGAGGACAUCCAGCGACGUUUAAAACACUUUUCGUGUUCUAAGAACACGGAAGUCCCUCUAGUGGCUGUCUGAUAGAUGGCCGCAAGAGGAGGACUUAACCCUGCAAGAGUAAUUAUUGCAGAUUUGAUAAACAGCAAUAAUUACACUUGCAGGGUUAAGGGUGGUGGAAGUUGGCACCCAGACCACUCCAAUGGGCAGAAGUGGUCUGGGUGCCUGUAGUGUCCCUUUAAUUUCAUUUGCGAUGUUACCUUUGUUUGGACUGGCUUAUGCUGUAAAUUGCAAAAUAUUUAAUAGAAAAAGCAUCUUAUUGGGGGGGAAAAAAGGUUAUAGGUGACUGUCAAUUGUUUAUUCAAUUAUGUAAUUUCUAGGGAAGAGACACUUUCCCCUUUAAAAACCAUAACUGCAGCUCAGUGCAGUGAUAAUGGGAAUGGAAUGUCUUACACAAACAGGCGGUUGGCAAAGCCUGGGCGCACGAGCUCUGUGUUAAUUAUACCUACCUGAAAAUGACCAGAGUAAAUCUGAGAUGGGUUUGUGAAUGAUUAGUUCUCUUUAAUGACUUCCUCUUGCUCUCGCCAGAAACUUUAUGCAUCAUUUGUAUAUUUUUUUUAAAAUUUAUUUCUAAGUGUGCAACAGCGCAGCCGACUAUAGUAGUGUAAAAAAAAUAAAAUAUUAAAAUAUUCCCUAAAAUACUACAAAGUGCAUAUAUUUUAACUGUUUGUUAGAGUGGGUUAAAAAAUGCAUCUUUAUAACCUAGCCAUUUCAUUUAAACAAAUGACUGGAAAAUAAAUCCCCCUAAUUGUACCUUGCUCUUGUCUCUCCAGAUUCAGCAAAAGGAUCCCAAAUCCUGGUCCACUCAGUACAGAGAAGCACAGGAACCUGCAGUGGCUCCGUCGCAGUCUGCUGGACGCUGAGUUGACUUAUUCUCAUAAACCCGUUGUUGGGUCUCUCUGAAGGCUGGGGUCAGGACCCCCAUAAUGUCUGGGUAGCUGAGUUUUCAAUGUUUUCUAUUGAUCUCUACAGUUUUUAAAGUUAGACACUAGAACAGCUUGUUUCCUGUAUAGUGAAGUAACAUGCAUCAACUGUUACAUGUUUUUGCAGAACCUUUUAAUUUGUACAACACUUAAAAAAAAAUAUAUAUUUUAUUUACCCAAAACGUAUCAGAUAAAUACAUUUUGCCUCUACGAUAUAUGGAGGCUCAUGUUUUAUUCUUGCUUCUGCUAUACAAUAAUUCCUCGUGUCACUCUCCAGGAAGUGACGUUUCUAUGUGCAUGGCCGGAUUGCCUAAUUUGUUUUGUAGAGCCAGCCUACUGUGUGGUGAUGUUUGGGGCCAAGACUGGAUGGAUUGUUAAGAGUCAGUUCUUUGUUAAUUUAAGCAGGAAGAGAAUAAAGUAAUUAUUUUUCUAAAUUCUAGUUUUACUUUUGAUUUUGUCUCUUGUAUUUGACUUAUUGCUUUUGUAU